AUGCGCGCCGGGAAACAAAAGCCCAGAGAGCGGGGGGCUGCCAACCGUCGUUCCUCGCGCGGAGAAGAGAGAAAACUACAGUCCGCCUACCAGCGUUCCGUCGCGCCGGAAAUGACGCCCCCCUCGAGCGGAAGCCGGAAGUGUCGGCCGCGGCUGGCGGAGGGGCGUGGGAGGCGUACGCCGUUUGCGGUCUUUUUCCUUCCCCUCCGCCGGGGCGCCGUGAGGUGAGGAGGGCGCCAAUGACGACCUGGGUCCUUCCCGGAGCGUAGCCGGCGUGGCGACUGAGGGGGAAGCGAAGAGAGCCGGCAAGCCAGUUCGCGCUGGGGUCCUCCUCCUCGGGCGACCGGGUGAGUGGCACGCGGGCAGGGGGGACCCUCUGAUACCCUGAGCUUCGGGGUGGCUUCGGGUGUCCUGGCGAGCUGGGGCCCAGCUACUCGCGCUCCGUUGAGCCCCGAAGUCGCCCUGCAGGUGAGAGCCAUUCGAGGUGGUUUCCUAGCGACGCCUUGCCUCCUCACCUGUGGCCGAAGAAUCAGAGAACUGUACAGCUGUAAGGGACCCCGGGAGUCAUCGAGUCCAACCCCUUGCAAUGCAGGAAUCUCAACUAACGCAUCCGUGACAGGUGGCCAUCUAACCUCUGCUUAUAAGCCCCCAAGGAAGGAGAAUUCGCCAACUUCCAAGGGAGUCCGUUCCACUGACAGCACAGCACAGCACCCGCUCUUUAGUCCGGUUCUUUUUUACCCUCAGUUCCUUUCUCAUCGCCAAGGUUCAGACACACACGCCUCUGUCAGAUGAAGUGCUACUUUCACAGUAACAAGAAGCAUGGGAAUAAAUGGAGCCUGAUGACACACGUGUGUGUGUGGGUCUGUCCUGCCCCCUCCCCCCGCGAUGGAAAUUCACUGAAUCUAAGUGGCUUGUGAGUGUGCCUGUAGGAGAAGCGGAGUCUCGAUACCCACAUACAAAAAGAAGCUGCAAUGUUCAUACCAACUUAGGUGUCCCAACACCUGAUCAAUAGUGUCAGCUUUACAGGUGCCAGUUAGCAUACUUGAUUCAUAUCAAAAGUAAUCUUUUACUCUCAGGGGAUUCAGUCUCUUAUCUGCUCCCUGGCUGUCAUCAAUGACUGUGUGGGAUAAGGCGAUAGUGCUAUGCCUAGUUUUCUGCCGCUUCUUGAUCCAGGCUUGAAACCAAUAUGCAGGUCCUUAAUUUCUGAAUGUAGCUGUCCAGUGCUGGAAAUUCUAGGCUCUUUUCCCAGUCUAGAUGUGAAUGUGCACAGAGAAGAUAGCUUUAUUUGCCUCACUUUCAUGGGAUCUGCAGAGAAUAUUUAACCAUCUGCUGUUAUUCAGAUAGCCUGUUGAAGUACACACUGCACAAACAUUUUUAAAUGUCAAUAAAGGAGUAUUUCACCUUGCAUUUCCUACUAAUUUGAUCUUUAGUGGCUUUCAAAGCUACUGUUCUUCAGUAAUGCAUAUUCUGUUUUACUGCACUGGUACAGAGCUUACCGUACUUUCAUUUUCCUGAUUAGUAUCAGUCCAGUUUUUGACACAUUUGUGAAGUAAUGCAGAAAUUACUGGGCAUUAGUCGGGGGAUAUGUAUUCUAGAACCCUAUCACUUUCCUUUAAAUUAUUGAUUUUCUCAGAAAGCUACUGGUGCUAAUUGGGUAGUAUCUAAUUCUAAAUGUGACCGUGAGGAUGCAAAUGCAGAUUAUUAAUUUUUAGCAGGAAAUGUCAUAGGCUUUAUUUAAUAUUAUUUGUUUUGUAGCAGUUAUAAAAUAUGAUUAAGUAUCUCCAUGGAAUGACUGUGUAUGCUGUAGCCUGGCAUGGAAAAAUAUUUUCCUCAGCGACAUAAGAACUUGUCAUGAAUGCGUGAUCUCAGUGAUGCAUCAGGAUAUUCCAUUGUUUGGUGGGAAGAAGGUGUCAAUUAGUUUCAUUAAAAUGCUAAGAUAUUAUAUUGUAAUACUAAGGGUAGUGUUGUUUUAGACACUGAAACUUCAUAAUCUAGGUUCUGGGAGGGACACCUUAAUAAGUUAAAGAAGCUUAAUGAAGAAGGCUUGCAGCAUGUGGAUCAACUUGAGGGAGGUGGAAGUGAUUGUUUUGGUGCUUUUUGGUAGCAGAAUAUGAAAACUUUUUCAGAUAGAUCCAAAGUCCAUAAGACAGGCAUAGGCGGCAAACUCAGCCCUCCAGAUGUUCCUGUUCCUUGCCGUCUUGAAGCUGUUUUUUCUCCAAGGGUGGGAAAACAGACUGGGUGGUGGUGGUUAUGUUGAGUGGACAGCUGCAGUAAGAGGGAGUCUUAACGGUUAAGCAGCCCUUGCUUUUCCAUUCCUAAUCAGAGUCUGUGAAGUCGUUUUCCUGUAAAUAGCAGUGAAACCAUACUAGGCAGAUAUGAGGCCCAAAUGCAGUCCUGCAGAAUAGUAAAUGCAUAAUAGUAAAUUACCAAUAAACUUGUAUUCCUUCUGAUUACUGAUAUAUUUGGCAAAGAGAGCUAAGAACGCUAUUUUGCUGAGGCAAUCUAGCUGAAAUGUUUAAGAGCAUACACACCCACUGUCAUUGUUGCUACAAGACCUGGCUUCUUCCUGUUAUCUCUGUUCUGUAUGUGGUAAAUUGGCAUCCCUCUAGGCAGGAAUGGGGUUGGUCAUAGAAUGGUAUUUUGCUGGGUGUAGUUAUGUUGCCUUGGGAAUAACUAGUCAGUCACAAUUAAAAGUGUUAACACUUCUUAAUUUAAAACUGUUAUAUUGCAAAUCAUCCAAGGUGAAAUAAAAAAACUUUAAUCUACCACAAGCCAUGAUUGCAUAAAAGAUUAGUUUUAGAGAACAAAUACCUUAAGACUGUACAAGUAAAAAUAAAAUUCUGGCAAAUGUUAAGUAUAUACAGUUUAAUAUGUGACUGAACACUUAACAUGUGCAUGCCUUUACAGAGAUUUGGGUUUAUUUUUUUCUAGAAAUUGUAAAACAGCAAGCUGCAAUAUAAAUAAAACUUCAGGGCAUUUCAGCUUUAUCUGUUCUGCUAUCUGCAGAGUUGGUGCUAGUACUUAACAAGGAUAUAUGUUGUUGCUACUAUCCUUUUAUUAUUGUGUUUCUCAAAAUGUUUCUUCCCAGGUCCUAACUGUGCCUGCCCAGUUCUGCUUUGCCAGUUGUGCAACUGAGAGGUAUUUUGUAUGCAACAUUUUGUACUCUGGUUUGAUGCCAAUAUUGAAGUGCAAAAUACUCACAUAUCAAUACCAGAUGUGAAGGGUUUGGACAUAUAUAAAUAACUUUUUCACCUUUUAAAAUAUACAUGAGAAGUAAAUGAGAAUGAGAAAUGAUCACAACCAUUGCUGUAUGUACUUAAAAACAUACAUUCCAUUUUUUACACAUGUAUGCCCUUCACAUCUAAUGCAGUAUAACUGGGACAUGGGUGGUGCUGUGGUCUAAACCACCAAGCCUCUUGGACUUGCUGAUCAGAAGGUCGGCAGUUCAAAUCCGUGUGAUGGGGUGAGCUACUGUUGCUCUGUCCUAGCUUCUGCCAAUCUAGCAAUUCGAAAGCAUACCAGCACAAGUAGAUAAAUAGGUACCACUGCAGCAGGGAUGUAAACAGUGUUUCCAUGCGCUUUGUGCCAGAAGCUGUUUAGUCAUGCUGGCCACGUGACCCAGAAAACUGUCUGUGGACAAAUGCCCCUCCCUCGGCCUGAAAGCGAGAUGAGCACUGCACCCCAUAGUCUCCUUUAACUGGACUUAACCGUCCAGGGUUCCUUUACCUUUACCUUUUUUUAAUACAGUAUAUUUGUAGUUUAUACACUACAUAAGAAGCAUCCUUUAGAAUAUCUCUAUCAGAGUAAAUGAACUUUGCCUAAAUAUCCACGAUUGGGCUGAAUGCUCCUGCCAUUGCCAUUGCUAGACCCUAGUUUUUUGCAAGCACAGUGGGCUACAGUAGGGGGCAAAAAACCCUUCAGAGUGUGUGUCCAAUAAAACUAUUUCUUAUGAUCUCAGUUGCUGUCUCCUGAUGCUACGACCUGUGUAUCCAGGCUGUAUGUGUACUGACCAUGGUUUGCUUUAAGUUUAACAACAUUAUUAUAAGUGCAAAGUUUCAUACAAGAUUUUUCAAUAAUUUACCGUUUAAAUCUGGAGUCUGUCAUCUGUUACAAGUUGAUCAUAGGCAAGAGUUAUUUCUCAGCCUCAAGUAAUCAAUCUGCAAUAUGCAACAAUACUGACUUAGCCUAGGGUGAUUGUAAGUAGUAUUGAGAGAAUGUUUGUAAACUAUUUGGAACAACCUAAGCUUUGUUUGGAGCCUAGGGCUUGCCAAUCAGAAGGUUGGCAGUUCGAAUCCCCACGACAGGGUGAGCUCCCGUUGCUUGGUCCCUCCUCCUGCAGUUCAAAAGGACAUCAAAGUGCAAGUAGAUUAAUAGUGUUUCCGUGUGCUGCUCUGGUUCUCCAGAAGCGACUUAGUCAUGCUGGCCACAUGACCCGGAAGCUGUACGCUGGUUCCCUCGGCCAAUAAAGCGAGAUGAGCGCCGCAACCCCAGAGUCGGCCACGACUGAACCUAAUGGUCAGGGGUCCCUUUACCUUUAAGCUUUGUAUAAAAGCUGCUGACCAUUUAGUUUCCCCUUUUCCCCAGGAAAAUGAAUUCUGUCUGUAAAACUAGUUUGUUUGUUUUUUAUUGUAAGCUGCUGAACCCAAUCAGGAACCUGCCUUCUGUAGCGGCACUAGAUGUUAAAUAGCAGUAGAUGACAAAAGAAAAAUUGAGAGGUAGUCCACAUUGGUACAUGCCAAUGAUAUUGCCUUGUUUGGUCUGUUGAAAACAACAACAGCAUUUUCAUCUUAACUGAUAUUCUAGUGUGCAGUACAGUUGCAAUCCACUAGAGCACAAUAAUUUUUUUAUUAUUUUUGAUUACAUGGAUUUCUGACCAGGUUGCCACAAAUUAAACAUACCCUUUUAAAUUUUGUUUUUCCAUAUAUUCUGUUUUCCAGAAGCUUGUGGGAAAGGUGGCUUGUUUCAUUAUGUGUGCGUCAGUCAAAUAUAACACCCGGGGUCCAGCCCUCAUCCCAAGAAUGAAGACUAAACACCGCAUUUACUACAUUGCUCUCUUCUCCAUUGUGCUGUUGGGCCUCAUUGCUACAGGCAUGUUCCAGUUCUGGCCACACUCCAUAGAGUCCUCAAAUGAUUGGACAGUUGAAAAGCGCAGCAUUCAUGAUGUGCCUGUGGUCAAGAUUCCAGCAGACAGUGCCAUCCCAGAACGAGGAGAUCUCAGCUGCAGGAUGCAUACAUGUUUUGAUGUCUACCGCUGUGGCUUCAAUCCCAAAAAUAAGAUCAAAGUCUAUAUUUACUCUCUAAAGAAGUAUGUGGAUGAAUACAACAUGCCUGUGAGUCAUACCAUUUCCAGGGAAUACAAUGACCUGUUAACCGCCAUCUCCGACAGUGACUUCUACACAGAUGACAUCAAUCGUGCCUGUCUCUUUGUGCCAUCAAUUGACGUACUCAACCAGAAUAUGCUCCGUAUCAAGGAAACUGCUCAGGCUUUGGCACAGCUCUCCCGGUACUUACACAUAUCUUACUGUGAAUGCUAGAGCUACAACAGUAAAACAAGGGUAAGGGGACUAAGAGGGGGACCCAGAUAAUCAAGGAGUACAUUGGUUUUCAGUCUUAAUUAUUGACCACCCUGUUCUCCCACUGUUUGGUAAUUAUUCAUUUGGGCUUGAACAUCAAGCAGGCCAAUUGCAACUCAUUUGAGAGCGCUCGGUUCAGAAAUCAUGCGAAUGAUUACAUUUAUGGCUAAUCUGUGACCAUUGGGCUCCUGCAUUUUUUGUAGAGCUGUUUUGUUACAGAGUGGCUUUGGAUGUGUGCUUAUCUCUGAAGCUCUGGUUUCAAGCAUGUGUGGUGGUCUCAUUUCCCCAUCAUUUUUCUUUCUCAGUUGGAAUCAUGGGACAAAUCACCUCUUGUUCAACAUGUUGCCUGGAGGACCACCUGACUACAACACAGCACUUGAUGUUCCAAGAGACAGGUAGGCAACUCUGGGUGCAUCUCAGCUUGAAGCAGAGGGGUUUGUAUGGGGUUAACACAGAUUGAGUGAGUGAGGGACAUCCACAUUCCCACAUUAUCCCUGUACCUUUAAUCUAUCAGCUUGCUUCUCCGUCUCCUUGUUCUUUAGCACGAUACAUCUUAGGUUGCGUCCUGUUUACAACUUCCUCCUCUCACUUCUCUCUCAGACCUCAAUAUGAGAGAGAGGUCAUCUUUAACUGUCCUCUGAGAAGCAAAGGAGCAGGCAUGGCUUCCUUGUUGUUCUCUAGACUAGUUAGUUGGACUAGAACUAGAAACCUUUCUAUCCAAGCUACAUGUAUCCUACAAUAAACAACUUUAUUAUUUUCUUACCUACAAGCAUCUCCGUGUGGGAUUGCAGCAAGAAGAGUCUACUCUCUAACCAUGAUUUGCUAGCUAAGUGCUGCACUUUCUGCAUGCUAAGGUGUUUCAACAGGGUAAUUAGCCCACUUCUCCCAAUAGGCAACUUGUUGCUGUUUCUCUGGGACUUUUUAGAACAAGUCUCUAAACAAAAUCCAGAGCUGUUGGGAGUCAAAGUGUGAAUUUAUUUAUAUUUCAUAGAAUCGUAGAAUUGUAGAGUUGGAAGGGACCAAGAGGAAAAUCUAGUCCAACCCCCUGCAAUGCAGGAAUCUUUUGCCCAACAUGGGGCUCGAACCCAUGACCUUGAGAGUCUUAUGUGGCGUACAUACUUUCCCCUUCUCCAUUUUAUCCUCAUAACAUCACUAUGAAGUAAAUUAGGCUGAGAGACAGUUACUGGCACAAAGUCACCUAGUGGGCAUCAGCAUUGAGUGGGGAUUUGAACACUGAUCUCCUGGAUCCUUGCCCAGCACUUAAACCACUACUCCACUCUGGCUGCGAGUGGCUGAAUGCUUUGGACUGGCCCUGUCAGCACUUACCCUCCUUGUGCCAUUUUGUCAGCUUUGCUGCUUCUGAAACUUAAUGGAACACAAACAUACUGCUUUCUAAAACAAAUUACUUCUACAUAGCAUUUAACUAGUUGGCCUUGAUUUACAGUCAGCCAAAGGGGUAUCCUCCUAUUGAAGACGAGAACUUUUUUAAAUCUAAGUUUUACAUUUUAGAAACAUGGCUUCAGUUUGUCUCUACUGACUGUUAGUAUCUACAUAUCUUUAUGUGGAGGUUUUGCCAUUGAUUUGAGUGGAAUUUGGAUUGCCCUCAAAUUCUUGUGUAUAUAUAGAAAGUCACACUCCAGAAGUUCCUGUACAGAGAGCAGUCAAGGAGUAUUUUUGUUUCCUCUGUAUGACUUGUCAGAAAAAAAGGAUUAUUGUGUAUGUAUUGGUAUGGGUAAUUUAGUUUUUUAGCAUCUUAUGUCACAAUACUUGAAUCCCUCCUGUGUAUAUAUGAUGUGAGUGGCCAGUAGAGGACAGUCAAAUAUUAUUAUUUUACCAUCUAAAUGUGUAAGUGUGUGUUCUUUAGAAAAUCCAAGGUAUAGUCAGCUUGAUUAAAUAUUUGAUAUCACUAGGUGUAAGUUUCCACAUUUUUAUUUAUAAACUCUUAUAGGAUUCUGUGCCCUGCCCUCCCCAUUAUAGGUUAAUUAAAUAAAACAUUUUGUCUAACCCAUAUGCUUUUUUGCUGCCACUUUUUAACUCCAAUCUGUUUCUUUAGCCACCUUUUACUACACACGGCAGCAAGGUACAGUGGUGCCUCACAAAACGAAAUUAAUCCGUUCCGCGAGUCUCUUCGUCUUGCGGUUUUUUCGUCUUGCGAAGCACGGCUAUUAGCGGCUUAGCGGCUAUUAACGGCUUAGCGGCUUUAAGAAAAAGGAAACAAACUCGCAAGAACUCGCAAGACGUUUCGUCUUGCGAAGCAAGCCCAUAGGGUAAUUUGUCUUGCGGAACGACUCAAAAAACGGAAAACUCUUUCGUCUUGCGCGUUUUUCGUCUUGCGAGGCAUUCGUCUUGCGAGGUACCACUGUAUAGACAUGGGCUGAGCAAACUCAGAGACUUGCAUCAAAUAUGUUAUUAUUUAUUAAAACUUUUUUAAUAUAAUAGGGAUUUACUUGAAGGCAGGUUAUUUAAUCAGUUAAUAAUAAUAAUAAUACCCCAGCCACUCUGGGUGGCUUACAGCAUAUAUUGAAACAUAAUAAAACAUCAAACAUAAAAAACUUCCCGAUACAGGGCUGUCUUCAGAUGUCUUCUAAAAGUUAUGUAGUUGUUUAUCUCUUUGACAUCUGAAGGGAGGGUGUUCCACAGGGAGGGUGCCAGUACCGAGAAGGUCCUAUGCCUGUUUCCCUGUAACUUCACGUUUCACAGUGAGGGAACCAGCAAAAGACCCUCAGAGGAAGUGUCCAGGCUGAACGAUGGGGGUGGAGACGCUCCUUCAGGUAUACUGACUAAUAAUAAUAAUAAUAAUUUUUAUUUAUACCCCACCCUCCCCAGCCAAGGCCGGGCUCAGAGCGGCUUACAAGCAAUAAUAAAAACAAGUUUUUAGAAGACAUCCGAAGGUAGCCCUGUUUAGGGAAGUUUUUUAUGUUUGAAGUUUUAUUCUGUUUAAUAUUCUUGUGAGAGCCACCCAGCGCGGCUGGGGAAACCCAGUCAGAUGGGCGGGGUAUAAAUUGUUGUUGUUGUUGUUAUUAUUAUUAUUAUUAUUAUUAUUAAUUUAUAUUACUGGGCCAAGGCUGUUUAGGGCACUUUGAAUUGUGCUCGGAAAUGCACUGGGAGCCAAUGAAGAACCUUUAGGACCGGUGUUGAUAAAAUCCCGGCAGCCACUCGCAGUCACGAGUCUAGCUGCCACAUUCUGGAUUAGUUGUAGUUUCCAAGUCACCUUCAAAGGUAGCCCCACGUAGAGCGCAAUGCAGUAGUCCAAGCGGGAGAUAACCAGAUCAUGCACCACUCUGGUGUGACAAUCUGCAGGCAGGCAGGGUCUCAGCCAGCAUACUAGAUAAGAGCUGGUAGACAGCCACCCUUGACACAGAAUUGACCUGCACCUCCAUGGACAGCUGUGAUUCCAAAAUGACUCCCAGGCUGUGUACAUGGUCCUUCAGGGCACAAUUACCCCAUUCAGGACCAAGGAGUCCCCCCCCACCUGUCCGUCCCCUGUCCCCCAAAACAAUACUUCUGUCUUGUGAGGACUCAACCUCAAUCUGUUAGCCACCAUCCAUCCUCCAGCCGCCUCCAGACACUCACACAGGACCUUCAUUGGUUAUGAUUUGAAGAAGAGGUGGAAGUGGAUAUCUUCUGCAUGCUGGUGAGCACCCAGCCCAAACUCCCUGAUGAUCUCUCCCAGUGGCUUCAUAUAGAUUUUGAAAAGCAUUGGGGAGAGGACAGAGCUCUGAGGCACCCCACAAAUGAGAGCCCAGGGUUCUGAACACUCAUUCCCCAACACCACUUUCUGGACACGGUUCAGGAGGAAGGAGCAGAACCACUGCAUAACAGUGCCCCCAGCAAUACUUGGUUUGGUAAUAGUUGAUAUGCCACUGUUACUUUAGCAGAUGUUACUGGUGCUUUAAAAGUGUUGUUGCUAGUUCUUAUCCCUGUGCAAAGCUAAUAGCCAGUCCCCUUUUCUCCUCUUAUGGUUAACUCACAAAUACUCCACCUGAAGCCUUCUCUCUGGUCAGGGUUUUCCAAAGCGAUACAGGGUGGAACAGGAUCUCCCAGCUGUCACUUCUUGGUUUCGGUUUUCUUCUGAAACCUUCCUCCUGGUCAGGCACUUGAACACCAGGACUUGGCCAUGAAGACGUCACAGUUCUCUUCUCUGAUGUCUUCUGCAGUCAACAGUCAGCUUCUGACCAGAGUUGUAGUAACUUACUGGAGAAUUUCCUUCAGAGUCUUCCUCUCCAGACUAGCUUUCCCCCACUUCUGCCUAGAAGUCUCUUCACUUUCUGAUGGCUGAUUAAAAAUCUCCACACAAUAUUGUGCCUGUCUUUAUAUUCUCUGUCAGAACCUUUUUGGAAUAUACCGUAUGUACUUGACCAGUAGGUAUAGGGUGGUAUACAAAUAAAUAAUAAUAAUAAUAAUAAUAAUAAUAAUAAUAAUCCCAUAGAAAUGGGUCAGUGGGUAGACACUCACUAACAUUGGAGAUCAGCCAGUGAUUUUGAACAGAAUGUACACUAAGUGACCUAUCACAAUGUGACCCAUUUCAAUUCUCCUGUCCCAUAUAAAAGCCAGAUUCUGCUGUUAGCUGUCAUAACGGAAAACCUUACAAGAAUGUAAACACCUCUUUUGAAACUAACAGCCAGCUGCUUCUUGGCAUGCUGCCAACUGAGCCUCCACACAUUAUCUUUUCCUGGCUUCAGUCACAACUGAACUGCCAGUUUUUUCUCUUCAUACCGUUAACCCUUUACCAAACAAGCACUGUUUAUAACAGAGCAGUGUUGCUAAAUUUAAAAUUUCCCUCACCAUGUUCCUUUUUCUUCCCACUUGCCUUCAGAAAUCGAAGAGUUAAUAUUUUGGUUCUUGUGCUGCAGAGCGCACACCCAAACUGAAAUACUUAACUGGGUGUUGGUUCCCUAUGGCUUUGCUUAGGUAGAUGCACACCUGCGUUCUCAAGGUUGAUGAAGUGGGGUUAACAUUGCUUACUGGAUCUAAAUUAAAACAAUCUGGUUACUAUUUCUUAAUUAGGAAGGAGAAACAAGGAGCAAAAGUGCAGGAGAAGUUACACAUGAGCUAAAUUCAGUUUUUUCUUGUUUUCUUGUUCAACACCUCUGAAUUCAUGUGAAAUUGGGAAUGUGAGGCUUGAAGGAUAACAGCAGCAUUCUGCAGUGCUGUGCUGCAUGUCACUUAAAAUAAAUGGAAAAGAAUGCAAAAUAAUCACUUUGGUUUUAGGACCUAAAACUCAUUCAACACUUCCCUCAUCUAGGUCUCUUUCUGUAAACACACAUGUAGCCUGGGCUGGUAUGUUUGAGUUUGCUUCCAUUUUUUUAUGGGAGGUUUGAAAUAUUAUAUUUUUUCAGCACCUUUUGGAUGAUUUCCAACAUUAGUUAGAAUACACUUGUUGAAAUCAAUGGACAUUGAACUCUGGAACUCUGAAAGCAGUUCACAGCAUUUAUAUAGCAUUAAUUGUUCCUCCUUUCUGGAGUUCAGCAACAGCUGUUUCUGGUUUUUUUAAUACUCAAAAUAAGUCAUGGAAAAUAACUUAUGUAUGAUUGUCUAUACAGUGGUGCCUCGCAAGACGAAAUUAAUCCGUUCCGCGAGUAUCUUCGUCUAGCGGUUUUUUCGUCUUGCGAAGCAACCCUAUUAGCGGCUUAGCGGAUUAGCGCUAUUAGCGGUUUAGCGGCUAUUAAAGGCUUAGCGGCUUAGCUGCUAAAAGGCUAUUAAAGGCUUAGCGGCUUAGAAAAAGGGGGGGGAGCGGAAAAAAAAUCUCAAGACUCGCAAGACAUUUUCGUCUUGCGAAGCAAGCCCAUAGGGAAAUUCGUCCUGCGAAGCGCAUUGAAAACGGAAAACCCUUUCGUCUAGCGGGUUUUCCGUCUUGCGAGGCAUUCGUCUUGCGGGGCACCACUGUAUAAAGCAAAUAUUUGUUGUGUCCCCCCCCCCCGAGUAUGAGUUUUGUUGGUUGAGUAGAACGUGUUUAGAUCAUCAAGGAGUUCAUGUGGGCUUGACGGGGUGGGGUCAUAGGAAAGAUGAGAAGGCACCAAAUUUCCAUGCUCAUGAAUGCUGGAACUUCUGCUUUUCACUAGAGGUUGCAUUAAAUGACUCUGCAUGUGGAAGGCAACUCACACAACAGAACUUGCUCUCCCUCCUGCCUGCAGCCCCUGUACCCACCCAAAGCCUCUCUAUGGGGUUGAGGAGGGGGCUACAGAACAUUGUCAGCUGUGCCAUAUGGGGCUGAAGUGAGUGGGGGAUCAUCUCUUGCAGUGGGUGAAGGAACCUUCUGCUCAUGUGACCACUGGAAUCCUCUCAUUGUCUUCUCAGCCAUGAGGGAUAGUGUUUUAUUUUAAAGUACUGUAUUUACAGAGGCUUGCACAUCACAUUUCAUGCAAAAUUCUGUGUUGGAUCCUGAUGGUGAGCUACUCUGGGCUCAAAGUAUUUCAUAUUCUUAGGUACCAUUAGUUGCAGCAGCUUGAAUGAUCGGUUGAAGAAAUUCGCUCACAGUUAACUCAGUAGUAAAUGUAUGUAGCAAGCAGCUGCACAGCCCAACGGUGGUCCUUGCACAGUGCCUAUAAUGGGCAUGUAUCUAGUUCACUGAGCGAAGUUUAAGAUCUAAGUGAAGUAGAUGCUAGUUGGAAGUAGUAUGUCUGGCCCUGUUCAUUUUAGUGUCUGGAAAUAAUAAAUUCUACUGCUGUUCAGGGGGUUUUUUUUGGCAUGUACUUGAAAUGAUGGGUUAUGUUCAUCUAAUCUCCAGGACCUGAAGUGAUUAAAAAAUAAAAUAAAAUAGUAUGCUAAUUUUCCUGCAAUGUGAAAAUUGCCUUCCCCAUAGGGAAGUGCUAUAGCUCAGUGAUGGAAUAUAUGCUUUGCAUACACUAGGUCCCAGGUUCAGUCUCCAGGUAGGGUUGGGAAAGACCCUUGUUUGAAAGGUAACUUGAAAUUAAAUUCACUGUUUAAUGCAAGCCGUACUUUGGGUGGAAUCUUGAAGAUUCUUCCUUUGCAGUUCUACUGAGGUUGGACUGGGUGUGUGUUCUUGAUUGUUCCUUUGAAGUUUGAAUAACCUGGCAUCAUAGGACAUAAAGAGGUUUACAGGAGGAGACACCCACCUGUAAAAAUGGACCUGCUCAUGGGAUCCGAUUCCCCACCCCUGAAAUAAAGGUCUCUUUACUCAAGGAAGUUUCUUAAAGGACUGUAAUCUGAGUUGUUUUAGGUGUGAGGUGCCAAAACUACAUAAAUAAAGAAAUAAAAGUUCUCACUUCUCAAAAGCUGUACAGAGACAAAACAGUAUUUGGGAGAUAAUUUUAUUUCUGAUGUAUUAUCUGCAAUUUUAAGAGUAAUACAGCAAAGUCCUUCCCCCUAGAAUUUGAUGCUUAGGCACGCAGUCGACUGUAAUGAGAGGGGAAAUGUUGUUUGGGUUUUCCCCUGUUGUAAAACAGUGCAUGACCCAGAUUAAUACCACAGUGCCAGUAACAUGUUCCAAGAGAUGCAGUCUUCUUUCAAUCUAGAUGUGUAUACUAGAUUUAGGGUAUUAAAGAUGAGCUUUGCAUCACAUCAGGUCAUCGGCUACUUUCUGGGAAUGGCAGGCUCAGAGCACCUGUCAUCUGGAGGCUCUCUUCACUUAAGAUUUAUCAAUGUAUUUCAAAAAUGUAUACCACCUUUCCAUUUAAAAACCAUUUAGAGCACCUUAAAGGCGGAUAGAAUAGUGUUUCCUAGCCAGGAUGACUGUGUUCUACUACAGCCGUGGGAUUUUCUGGGAAUUACAAGUGGAGAAAGUGCUGUUGAACUCAGGGUCUGCUUGCAGGCUUCUCUUAGGCAUCUGAUCAGCGACUGUGAGAACAGGAUGCUGGAAUAAAUGGGACAGUGGUCUGAUCCAGCAAAUCAAGCUGUGCUUAUGUUCUUAUUUGAACCUAGAAUGCCUAUGUGGGAUCUUCAGAUAUCUGAACUCAUUACAUAUAUUGUUUUUGAAUCAAAAUGUUUCUAAAACUACAGAGAGUGCUUGCCAUUUUCCUCCACUCCACCUCUCUGAUUUUCUGUCUUUUGAAUAGGUGUUGGGUUGUUGCGGAGGGAGGGGGGAAUGAAGCUGUAACUUAACUUUUUCCUUUUCUCCUCAGAGCUCUGUUGGCAGGAGGAGGUUUUUCUACGUGGACCUACCGACAAGGCUAUGAUGUCAGCAUUCCUGUUUAUAGUCCACUGUCCGCAGAGGUGGAACUGCCAAAUAAAGGGCUGGGGUAAGCUGAAGAUGAGUGGGAGAAUGCAGCAUAUUUUGUCUUCUUGCUAACAAUGUCAUAUAAUGCCAGCUGCAUCUGAGCUGCUAAGAAAUUCAGUCCAGAAAACCAAAAAGCAUGCAGUAUUUGGGAUGGGGGGAAGCUGGUUGUAUAACUGCUCUUGUAAUUGUUGAGAGCUAUGAAACUGAAAUAUGGCUGCGUAUUAUCUGUCAACAGAUUGAUUAUCUCAUAAGUGCUAUAGAAAGCCCAAGUUCUAAUUACACUUAUCAAGGUUUCCUGAGCAAUAAUGGAUGCUUUCCCUGGGAACCUCUGACAUUUGCUUUAACUAGCAAAAGUUAACACCUAAAAGUUGGGGAGGAAGGGAAAUUUAUCAAAGUGAAAGUGGUUUCUGCUGCUCCAGGCUUGGCCACCAUCACAGGCUAAAACACGUGACUUGCUUUCGGGAUCAUCUGUUUCUGAAAAGGGUUUGUAUCUCUUGUUAUAUGUCCCUGGAUUCUGCAGCCUUUCCCGCCCUAGUAGUAUUUGGCAAUUUCAAACCUCCAAAAUAAGAGUGCCUAAUUUUCACUGUCUUGCUUUCCUUGCUGAAUCCAUUAGAGUAGAACUGCAGUGAAGAGUGGACAGAAACCUUGGAGCAGGAAACCAUGCAUUUGGUCAGGAACCAGAGCAAAUGGGAACUGAAAAUCACAUUAUAAUUUAGUGGGGUUUUGGGCUUCCAUGGUACUCAUACAAUAAUGUUUACUCCUUUCAGCUUUAGUUAAGUGACUUACAUAAACACUCUUUCUCAACCCAUCUUCAGUGAUAUUUUGCUGAAGUAAGAUAGACAUUGAGAGUACUGAAUCAUAGGCAUUGUUUCUCUCUCACAAACAUAUUUUGACAAACGUGACAGUGUCACUUCUGGAGAAAAGUCAGUUACAAAGGGAGGAAUUCAACAUUGUGCUUUUGUGAUUGUUUCUUCAGCACAAACAUUUCCACUUUUCAGACAGAAUGAUCUUUCUUUCCCCUGCAGACUGUUCUGGAGGUGGUCCCUACCCUCCAGAGCAGAUUUGGGGGAGGCGUGGGGGGAGAGGGAAACAAGAGAAAGCCUCAUUAGUUGAACUGUCCCAGGUUAACUGAAUCUGGGCCAAUAAUUUCAGUAAAUGGAAAAUGGCACUUAUUCUUGCAGUCUUGUCUACAGGACACUAAUUUGAAUAUUAAAAAAUAGAAAACAGCUAAUGUACUUUUCAAGAAAGCAAAACAGUGCACAGUAAAUCAUUGUGCAUAUCUUUGCCAUAUCUGUUGGGUAACCUCUCCCCAGAAAAAGUAUGAGGAGACUCCCCAAGUAUGUAGAAAAAUAUUUGUGUAUUUGUAAAUUAAGAGAAAUGCCACCACCAGCCCUGCUAAAAACAGACAAGUGCUGAAAAUUCUUAGUGGCUUCCAGAACUCAUAAAUAAUUGAAGUCAGGUGAACAUUUAAUUACUGCAGUUAUAUCCUACCUUUUACCCAGGCAGCUCAAGGUGCCAUACAGAUUCCUACCCUUCCCAUUUUAACCCUGCAGCAACUCUUUGAGGCAGGUUAGGCUAAGCAACUAUGGCUCAUCCAAGGUCAUAGUGGGUUCAAAGCCCUGAGAGUGGAGAUUUGGACCCUAGUCUCCCAGGUCAUAGUCUGAUACUCCAACCACUUUAGAAGCAGUUCAACAAUUUUAAAAGAUACGUUAUAGGAUUUUUUUUAGUGUUCCUGAAAAUUUCGAAUUCUUCCACAGGGGGAAAAAUUCAAAACAGCUCCCUCCUUCCCUCCAACCCUCCUUUCCCUCCUUCCCCACCUCUGUUCUGAACUUUCACAUAUCUAGGUUCAGUGCAACUUACAGUUUUCUUUAAUAAGGACUGAAGGCUGUGUUGUGAAUCAAAAGAAAUAUAUUUAAAGUUCUGUUCUUCUCACAAUUGUGCAUGUUAGGUGUUCACCAUUGUAUGGAAAUUGAUUUCCCUUUUUAUUCAUAGUUGGGCUUGAAUGGCAAAUUUUUUAAAAUAGCGACUUCAGUCAUGUGCCACUUAGCUAAGAUCAUCGGCAUUUAUUGUAUUUGCCUGAAGCUGUGCUGAUGCAUAUUUUAACUGUUAAUUUGUUUUGGAAAUCUGAGAUGAGAGUUCAGUUUCAUUUUAUUACACAUCUGCGGCUUUGCUUAUAAAGCCUGGAGUGUCUGCAGUAAGCAUGUGGGGAAGACUUCAGAUAACAGGUUUUAAAAAACACUAAUCUCUACAUAUAUCUUGCAUCUCAGAGCAUCAAGUAGGAAUAUUCAUCUUCAUAUGUGCUACAAAGUUGUAAAUGUAAGAGGCAGCUAUUAAAAGAAGGGAAAGAUAUGGGAAAUAGUUGAGGCAUUGGUUAAUUUAAGGUCUUACCAUAGACCAAUGAGGUUCAAAGGUGGGAUUAUAUACCUGGUAGCUACCUCUCUCACAACAACCUGCUGGUUUUUGAGGUUUGUAAAGCAGGUGCUCAGCAGACUGUAUGUUGAACAAAUGGCUCCAGAUUACUCAAGUGAACCAAGACAGAUGCAGUGAGGAAAGCGACCGCUCUUCCUGACCCAAAAUAUGGCAAGGAGCUAAACUCUGAUUGUUAGAGACACAUCUUGAGUUCCGGUAACACAGUUGUGUGAUUUAAGCUGUAGAAUACUGCUUGUAUUACUUUUAAAGUUAUGAACACUUCAUGAAGAGUUUUUUUUUUUAUAAUUAAUAUUUAUUAAGUUUUCAAAGAAUAACAACAAAAAUUUCCAAAAAAAUUUGAAAAUACAAAAAACAAAAAUGAUAAAGAAAUAAAAAAGAAAACACCCAACCAUAAAGAAAAAAAGAAAAAAAGAAAAACAAAAGUAUAAAUUCAUUUACGAUCUCUGUUAACUUCCUUUCUAGACUUCCUCCUCCUCCCCUCUCUUGUUUCUUAAUUUUUAAUUUUUACAGCAAAUCCUUUCUGUUUUUCAUAACAUUCUAUCAUUACAUUUCCUUAUUCUAUUUUCCCUCUUGUCAUAUAAAAACUUUAAAACUCAAAGCUUAUAUUCAGUAUUUACCAAAUUCUUACAUCAUUACCUUUUUGCAAAUCAUUUACCAAUCAUUACUUAAGCCAUAUAAUUUCAUUCAACAUCUUUCAAACAUUUAUGAACGUUCCCAAUAUUGAAAAAUAGAAAAAUAAAAUAAAAUAAUAAGUCAGACACAAUCCAGUCAACUUCCAGCGCCCCUCCCCUGGACCCGGGAUUGUCAGUCCUUUUAACCUCAAUAGUCCGGCUCCUUAACCUGGUUGUCUCGUGUCCGAGGCCCUCAAAUCUCUUUCUUGCCCCUUUCGCAGCUCUUCUUGAUGUUUCCCUUUCAGUCGUGGGUACUCCAGCAGAAAGAUACUUUUGACCCUUUGCAGCAAGUCCAUCUCAUGCCCAUUGUCCAAGCCAGACAGCAGAUAAUACCACUUCAAGUUUCCUUGAAACUUGGAGGCUCCGACUACUCCAAUCCUCUGAUGGCCCAUCACCAGACUCGGAAAGUCCAGAUAACCAUAUAAAGGGGUCAAUCCAUCCCCCAUUUCCAAAUCUAACCACAUUUCAUCUUUCCGAAUCUGAUUUAUCCCAAGUUCAUUUAUCAAGUUCAAAGGCUGAUCCUGCCGGUCCAAAGGUCCCUCCAUCUCUGAAGCCUCCAUCACUACAGCAGGUUCAUAUACUUGUAGAUAUUUUAACUGAGUUCCAUUUACUUGCUGCUGUGCUCUGGUAACUUCCGUCAUCAAGGUCGUCUCCUGACGCAUCUGGUCCAGCUGGGCACUUAGUUUUGAAAAACCUUCCAGGAACAUUUGUUCAAGCCUUUGUACAAGCAUUAUCCUUCAAGGUCAAAGAAAAUUCUUUCCCACGAUUAUAGUCCUUCACUUUUAAGCUCUCUGCGUUGCAGUUUCACUAAAUCCCACUAGAGGAAAACCUUUUUUUCCUUUUUUUUUUUUAUAAAGGAGAAAAACAUCAGCAACAGUCUUUCUUUUCCAGAUACACUUUAUCCAAAGUUCCCCCUUCCAAAAUUCAAGAGGCAACAGUAGAGUCACAAUGUUACCUUUCUUUUAACUAUCUGUCGAGCUGGACAAGCUUCAAAACGUCAGUUCUGACAGCCCGCUCCUGGUUCAGGGCGGUGGAAAAUUACUUUGUUUUAAACUCACUUCCGCAGGGUUAAAAGUCCAAAACAACCCCCUUCUUCUCCUGCAGUCAAAGGGGGGUUCAGAAAUCUUAGAUGUUGAAUUCUAGUUCUCUCAGAAUUUAAUUUUCAAGCUUUAGUAUAUUUUGUCUUUGCUUUCUUCACGUAACAAAAGAACGGAAGGCUGACUUCCUGUUUAGACCUUCCGUUCCAAGUCCCAAUUAAAUUCAAUUUCAAGUCCAAUUUAUUUAUUUAUUCACCAGUCUUAAAAGUAAUUCAGCUCUUCCAAGAUCAGGUACUCACGGAUAGAUGUUUUAGAUGCCAAAUUGUCCCAGGAAAAGGCAGCGCUCUCCGGAAACGGCAGUGCGGCUUUGCUGCACGAAAGAAGCAGUCGACUCACAGCACCACGCACCUCCCACUCCGGGCCCGUUACCGGGCUCCUGGCCUAGGGAGAGAGCGCUCACGGUGCCCGCUGAGUCCCACGUCCACAGGCUUCAUCCGCCUGUGGGUUUUAAGGGUCCCCGCUGCGCCGUAGCGGUAGGACCCAAGCUUCCGUGCAGCGGGUUCCCUUCAACUUGAAGGGAAUUCCGCCAUUUUCCGGAGGCGCCACCCCGGAAGUCCAUGAACACUUCAUGAAGAGUUGCAUAGGUUUCUUACAAAUUGCUACCCAGUCAGUAACACACUUGUAACUUGGAUUUUCUAAUGUGUGUUCGUUGUUUCCAGAAGAAAUCCAUUUGAUUAUAACCAAGUUCUUACUUUUUAAAAAAAAAAGAAGAAGGAAUGCCUGCAUUGCAUCAUGGAGGAUAUAGGUCUUUAAGUUUUAUGGAGAACUUGCUGUGUUAAUAAGCAGAAUUGGUAUGGCAGCACUUAUCAAGAGGAAAUGUCACUUUUGUUGUGCACUUGCCACAUAAGUAGCACUUAAAACAAGCUGGCAUUUAGCCAAAUUAAGAAACGAUGCAAGAGUUUAAUUCAGUAGGAAAUCCUUAUCAGUAUGAUGCCAAGCCCCCUAAAAUGCUGUGCUAUUCAAUCUGCUUUUAAAGACUAUUAGCAGUAUUUACUGGGAGCGGAGUCCCACUUAUUUCAGUAGUGCUUCCUUCCAAAUAAGAAUGUUUAAUCUUGCUACACUACAUUGCAGUUCUCUGCCUGCUUGUUCAAGUAAGGCCUGCUACCUUCAGUGAAACUGUCAUGAGUGAACAUGCAAGUGAAACGGCUGUAAACUUGCAAUCUUGUCAUACUUGUUCAUGGUAGGACUCCUUGAGUAUACUGCACUUAUAGUUCACAACUAUGUACCAUAUUUUUCGCCAUAUAGGACACACUUUUUCCCCUCCAAAAAUGAAGGGGAAAUGUGUGUGCGUCCUAUGGGGCGAAUGCAGGCUUUCACUGAAGCCUGGAGAGCGAGAGGGGUUGGUGCGCACCAACCCCUCUCGCUCUCCAGGCUUCAGGAAGCUAUCCGCAAGCCUUGGGAGCCCGCGGGAGUUCCCGCUGGGCUCCCACGGCUUGCGGAGAGCAGCCUGUUCCGGGGGCUGGGGAAGCUCGGGCUUCCCCUGCCCCAGCCCCGCGCCUGGGUGGGGAAUAAUUUUGUUUCUUUAUUCCCCCCCCCCCAAAAAAAACUAGCUGCACCCUAUGGGCCGGUGCGCCCUAUGGGGCGAAAAAUACAGUAUUUUAUUUAUGUGCUACUAUCUACUGCUAGUUGGGUCUUACAGCUUGUAUAUGAAUCCUUCCAGAAUUCAACUUUAUUGUGCCAGUAUAGGAUUAUUUCCAACUCACUUCUUUCUAAAGAAAAGUGAAAUGCUAUGGCUAUAAAGCUAACAAGUCUGAGUCCCGCAGCAGCAUAAAAGGAAACACAUACCAGAUUAUCUAGUGAGAAUCCUGCAGGAUUUGUCAGGCUCUCAUUUUUUGGGGUCUUCAGUCCCCGUAGGUACUUCCUCCUUUCCUCUCAGAUGGCUCUUCAUCCUGAAUACCGUUCUGACUUGGAGGCUCUUCAAGCUGAGAAUGCAGAAUCUGUGCUGAUCCUGGACAAAUGUACCAACCUCUCAGAGGGAAUCCCUUUUACUCGUAAGCGCUGCCACAAGAAUCAGGUCUUUGAUUAUCCCCAGGUGCUUCAGGUAAGUCUGCCCUCUAUCGCUUUUGUAUUUGAUUACAGGAAAUUAUGGAUUGUGACAUAUGCAAUUCUAUGCAAUUUUUAUUCUGAAGAAUAAGAUGUAUUAUACGGUCUGAUUACACUUUGGAUAUUGUUUGUUGCUGUCAGUUCUAAGGUGUUCUGGUGUGUGAUGCUAUGUUCUACUUUUUUAGUUUAAAGGAGGGAGAGGAUGAUAUACAGCUAAGUCAUACUCAAGAGUAGACCCAUUGAAAGCAAUGGAAUUAUUGGUGAUAUUAAACUAAGUUCGAAUAUGUAAAGUCUAUUGCUUUCUUGAAUAUGAGUUGGUUGGAUAUCCCCUUUAAGUUCAUUGCUUUCAGUGGAUCUGCGCUUUCUUUUCUUUUCUUAAAUUUUUUUGGACUUACUCCAGUCUCCAAAUUCAUUCUUGUACCGAGCAUCCCUAUAGGAUUUCUUGUCCUCAUACUUAUUCGAGAGAGAGAGAGAAAUUGUAGGUGGAUGUGGCUUACAAAUAUAAAUGGCCAUGGACGUAUUUGAAGAACAUAUUGCCGUAGUUAAAUAACUGUACUUCCCUGAAGUCAUGACAAAUGAAGUUGUUAAACUAGAUUUCAUGCCUGUACUGCUGCACCCAGGAAGUGGCAGUUCUGUUAUGUCUACAGCUCCAAAGUCAUAUUUCGUCAGGCAAGGAAGAUAACAUCUGGCCUGCACGUCUCUUUAAUGGCUGCAACAUAUACAGCAUAAAGGUGCUUUGGUGUAGAAAUAUGGCAAGGAAGGUUUUGCUCCUAACUAUAGCAAACUAUCUCAUUCUGUAUGCAAGUUAAGAGAUUAAAAAAUGCACCGUUAUGCAAAUGUUUAGUUAGUUGCAAAAGAAAGAUGCUUACAGUUCUCUGUUGAGGACUGGAAGGAAGGGCUUCCCUGAAUUCAGAUUUUCUGUCUGAAGAUCAAACCAUUUCACUUCCCCUUCUUUAAAGGCAGACAGAAUCAUCCUAGAAUUAAAACUUUGAGGAGAGCUGUCCUGCAGAGAUAGUUAAAAUAGCUUUCCCUCACAGAACCCUGCAUCUCCAUUUGGAAUGUCUGGCUGAUAAUGGUGAUAAUGUGAGGAUAUGUAUUUAUAGUAGGUUUUGUCUAGACAGGAAAAAAAAGGCUAGUUGGGUAAGAGGAGCGUAUUCAUCCACAUCAUAGUAUUUCUUUUCCCUCUUAAACCCAAUUUUAUUCCCUUACUCCUAGCAAAACUACAGGGGUUUCUUAACAAGUGAUAUUUGACUUUUUUGUUCCUUGUAAAUAUAUGGUAAUAUAAUAGUAUAUUAAUAGUAACUUAUUAAUAUAUGAUAAAAUAAUCUGGCAUUAUGAUUCUGGAGACCAUGCAUAACAACAUGAGAAGAGCCUGCUGGAUCAGGCCAGUGGCCCAUCUAGUCCAGCAUCCUGUUCUCGCAGUAGCCAAUUAGACGCUUGUGGGAAAUCCAUAGGCAGAACCUGAGCACAAGAGCACUCUCUCCACCCACAGUUUCCAACAGCUGCUUCAGAAGCAUCACUGCCUCUGACCAAGGAGACAGAGCAUAGCCAUCAUAGCUAGCAGCCAUUGAGAGCCUUAUCCUCCAAUGAAUAUAUUGUGUGGGGGCACAUUUUCCACACAAAACAGCACUGUUUUCAGACACGUACUUAACGGUGUAAAAACUUUUGGAUUGGGGGGAGGGUCAUCAACCGUAAUACUGUGAAGUAGAUACUUGAAGUGGUUUUAUAUCUUACGGGUUUUUAAAUGCAUGAUUUUAUAAGCUGCUUUAUGAAAAGUAUUCUUGAGAAUUGGAUUAUAAAUCUCUCAGUCAAAUUAAACAAAGUAUACUGUGAAUGCCAGUACACUUCACAAACCAUAUUAACCUUCUGGGCAAAAUUCAGUUCCUAUCACAGGUCCCGGAUAUAAAUUUGACUGCUACAGAAUACACACAAUUACAGCGUUUUUAUUUAAAAAUAAUUUUAUUUCACACACACCCAUAAAGAUUACAUUUUUUAAAAAGAAAGAUCUAUCACUUUUUAUCUUAUUGGCUUGCUUAUAGCACUGGGAUCCUUGUGGUGUAGUUAUGUUUCCUAAGAAUUCUGCUGAAACUAGAAAAUGUGUUUCACAUGUUAUCAGCAGUUGAAACCCAGAGCAAACUUUGGAAUGGUGGUCUAGAAUUUGCAGCACUCAAGGUUUUUGGUGCUGAGCCUGCUUCCUGCUCUCUUAUAGUACCUGUGUUUUGCACCAACAGGAGCAGAGAAUGCCCAAAUUUCCUUUCUUUCUUAAAAUUGCAUGAGUGGACUCCUGCUCACAGUACAUUGGAACCCGCUUCUUACUAUCAUUUGUUUUUUGUGAGUUUCAAAUCCAGCCUACAAGGCAGCAAAGAAUUAAUGUAUUCGUUAUAUGGUAUGGUAAUAAUGGGUAUUGACAUGACAAAUAUUUAACAGGGGAGAUAGCAGAAUUAAAAAUGGAUUUUCCUCUACCAUGCCACAUGAGCAGAAAAGCCAGUGUGAUGUCUUCAGAUGAUGCUGGACUGCAUUCCCCAUCAUCCCUGGCUAUGCUGGUGAGAGCUGUAAUCCAAUAACAUCUGGAAGAUGCCAUGUUAGCUACCCCUUCAAGGGGUAAGGAAGCAUCUUAUUUCUUAUCAUGUCUAUUUUUGUUUCCAUUUGCUACCAGGAAGCUACAUUCUGUGUGGUUCUGCGGGGAGCCCGCUUAGGACAAGCUGUGCUGAGCGAUGUACUUCAGGCUGGCUGCAUUCCUGUUGUCAUAGCUGAUUCCUAUAUUCUGCCUUUCUCCGAAGUUCUGGACUGGAAGAGGUAUUUUCACUAUAGUCAUGUGUGCUCCAUUGCUGCAACUUGUUUGGAUCUGGAAUGGGUUUACAAAAUCAACGCUGAACACUCAGUUGGUAGAGCAUGAGACUCUUAAUCUCAGAUCCCUGCAUUGCAUGGAAUUGGACCAGAUGAUCUUCGUGGUCUCUUCCAACUCUACAGUUCUGAAACAUUGAAAUAAAUAUACUUAUAGACUGAACCCCAUUAAUGUUUAUCCAGGGCAUCCAUAUCGUAUUACAUUUAUAUGGUGUGUGUUGAAGGGAGGGGUAGUUCCUUUAGAUUUAUUUUCAAAUACUCCUCCAUGUGUUUAUCUAUUUGACUCUGUGUGAGGGGAAUCCAGUUUUGGCUAAUUAACUACCUACAAUUCUCACUGUUUCCCUUUUCGCUCUUCCGCAUUUAGAGCUUCUGUGGUGAUACCGGAAGAAAAGAUAUCUGAGAUGUACAACAUUCUGCAAAGCAUACCUCAACGACAGAUUGAGGAGAUGCAGAGUCAGGUAGAGUAAAUUUGAGUAUAGGCCAUGAAUAUUUUCCUGGGAGCCAAACCUGCCUGGCUGUUGUGGAGGUUGAGGCAAAUGUAAUAAUGAUUUGCAUGUUCCCAUAUUUUACCAUUUAAUUAAAGGUGCUGAAUAUUGCAUGUUGCUGAAUUGUGCAAAGUACAUACAAUGAAGUUACUCAGAUGUAAUUUUAUGUAUUGUUCUGGAUCAACACUGCAUAUCUGUUAAAAUUAAAUUACCACCCAUAUCUUGCCACCUAUGUGGCUGAUUUGACCUGCUGAAUGAUUCGCUCCCAAGUAACUUUAGGAUGAGGAGGAUUUCAAAGUUCUUUGACAAACUGGUUUGGAUUUGAAGCUUUGUUCAUUACAUUUUAUUUACCUCUAGGGCUCUAAAUGAUAACUUGAACUCAUUGGGGCCUCCAAAUGUGUUGCUUAACACACAAAAUGGAAGAAAAUGGCACCCUCUUGUGACUAACACAUUGAACUAAAUUAAUGUAUGAGUAACUUGGUGUUAGCAUGCCAUAUUUGCAAAAUCUAGCAAAAGUAUUGUCAGGGAACUGACAUCGGAGCUAGAGGUGGAGGGAAGGCUCUCAAAUGAUGCUGGAGAAGGGCCCAGCAGGGAGAGAGGCAGCUCCGCAGAUGGGGAAGCAAAUCAGCGCAACACCAGGGAUAAAGGGGGGCUGAUGGGGGAAUCGGCGAGAGGGCUCCAGGACUCUUCACUGAACACCAGCGGGGAGAGCACGGGUCCUCCGCUACCCACGCCCUCCCUGCGCAGAAGACUUCCGCGCAGACAGAGUAGGAGGAGACUGGGUGUCAAACAACUUUUAUGUUGGAAGAGAUUUAAGAAACGCCCACUGAUGGAUUCUGCUAGCGACUGAGGCAGCCACGAAGUGAAGGGCUGCCCAGACUGAAAGGUUUAGCAAGGCAACAAAGCCAGGAGAGGCGGCAACUUACGCACGAGCAACCCAUACUCAUUACAGGUGUGUGUGUGUGUGUGUGUGUGUGUGUGUGUGUGUGUUUAUUUAUUUAUUUAUUUAUUUUGCAUUCCUCCCUUCAUCUGUAGCUCUCAGGGUGAUUCACAAGAUAAAAAUACAUAACGAACAAAGAACAACUCCUCCCCAUCCCACAAACACAUUUAAAAGGACCACCUGAAUGAAGUUAGUGGGUUAGUAGUGGUCUGUGGACUGCAAUUGGGAAUUCCUGUGCUACAACAUUUCAUAUUAAAUACAACACAACAUUUCUCUGCAACAGAAACACAUUUUAUUAAACUGUGACCUGCAUAUACACUAUGAUUCCAUGCAUGUACAAAUUAAAUUAUCCUGAGACCUCUAGCUUUGAGAUUUUGUUUUCAAAAAAUGUUUUUCCUUAAGGACAUGAACAUCUGGGCAAUGCCUGGUGAAAUUUCAUCAUUCCCAGAGAUCAAGGAGUGGGGAUUCAGUACUUUUUAUGCUUCUUUUCCCUAGUCUGACUAGAGGAAGCAGAAUAAAUUAUGGAAAAUAAGCAAAUAUAUGCAGAUUGCCUACUUUGUAUAACAUUGAUAAGUUGCAUGAUUUAUAUAGAUCAUGGAAAGUUGCUUUCUUUAGGGCGGAAUUUUAGUUUUGCUCCAUUAAUUUUCUUGUGUGCAGAUUAUAGGCAAAUCUAUUCAUAAACCUCCAGUUUGCUUUCCCCCCAAUAUAAUUACUCAAAUAGGUCCAUCACAUACCUAGUAUAACACAAACCAUAUAUACAUUUAAGAAGGUAGUAGACAUCUUAUCAGUGCUGUACAUUACAGAAUGGAAGCAGCAAUGAGUUAGUGAUUUUCCAAUUGUAUAGUCCAGAUUAUUGACUAAAUGAGACACACAACACUCUUAAGUAUAUUAUAGGUAUUUGCACACAUGUUCAUGUAAAAAGCUACUUCAGUUUUGAUUAAAAUAGAUAAUCUACACUGAACUUUAGAAGUAAGAUGAGGAAACCUUGCUCUAGGACAGAGUUGUCUAGAUUAUGAACGAAAGGCUAUCAGUAUAAACUAUUACUGAGAAUUGACACUUCAAAAAAUUUACUUUAAAAAGGGGGCACCUAAUACCAGUCUGAAAAUAUGCAUGUUCUGUUUUCUGAGUACACAUCAGUUAAAUUCCCAACACUUUCUUCACAAUUAUGAAGACUGGACAUGGCUUUUAUUUUUUUUAUUUUUUAAUAAGGAGUCAAUCUCUUGAUCCACUCUGCUGUGAGCCUCUGAUAAAAAGUGUGCCUGGGGAAUGUAAUCAGGAGCACAGGGAUAGUAUUGAGAUACAUUAAAUUAAGCAUAUCAGAAAACUUUCAUAAUUAAUAUGAAAAGCAUAUUUGUGAAAUACUAGAAAUCUUCCUAUCCAAGUCACUUGAUAUGAGGCAGUCCUGGAAACUCCAAUAUGCACUUGGAUUAUGUAUGACGUAAUUGGAUUACUUGGGGCUUUUUGGGGGGGUGGUGGUGGUUCUACAGAGAGUUUUCUUGUGCUCAGCCACUUUACCAAUAUGACAAAUGGCCAGAAGAGGUCUCUGUUCCCUUGAUUCAUACUGAUUUUCUUAGCUUCUCACUAGGCAUUCUAUGUGGGCAUAGAGACUCAAGUAGCCAGUUCGGUUAGGCUGGAAAACACUGCCUUUUGAUUUGCUACUGGGGGUCAUGAAGAAUGUGGCUUUGCUGUAAGAAAGUUCAUAGAUGUGACCUGAUAACGCUAGCUAUUCAGAUUAGCAUUAUUGACUCUGUAAAUGUGUGAGUGCUUGUUUCAGCAAACUACAGUAGUAAUACAAAGAGCUGCAAAUACAUCUCUGUACAUUUGUAACUGUGUUUAUAGGUACCGUAACCCCUCUUUCCUUUUCGUCUACGUAGGAUGCAACAUCUGGCAAAGAUGUAGGGAUGAAAUUAGAGCCACAUCUGUCAGUGUUCUGGAAUCGCAGAAUUGUAGAGUUGGAAGAGCUCCAAUAGCUCCUCUCAUCAACCCCCUCCCCCAACUCCAACUUAGACUGCCCCAGACUUUAGAACCAUUGACAUAGAUCUGUCUGGCUGUCUUGUGGAUCCUCCAAGCAAUGAGGCACCACACCUCCCAUAUGUAAUUUAGUUUCAAACUGCUUUUUUGUUAGGAGGUUUAGGCUAAAUCUACUUCAUUUAAAAAUAAUUCCUUUUUGACCUCAAAGGGUAAACUCACUACAAGCGAUUGGUUCUGACCUGUAUUAAUGGAGGAGCAGAAUGAAUGGGAGGGGGGAAGCACAGAGAGUUGGAAUAGCAUAGAGCGAGGGAGAUAGAUGGGAUGACACAGAGCUGUGCAGUCCUGCAGUGAGGCAGACACCACUGGUUUUGGCUCUGGCCCUGCCCAUUGCUGGCAUGCAGACUCCGACAGAUUACCUCCCAGGGAAUGCAGCCCUGCUUUAGAAGUAUAUAGAGAAGUUACGUGGGUUCUGUAGUGUUAAUUUCUGUGGAGUGUCUGGACUGCUAAUAACUUCAGCUUACACAUUUAAGUGAAGGUAUGAAUAAAAUAAAACCCUGAAUGAUUAAUGCCACCUUAGCUUAAUUGCUCUGUCAAAAUGAAGCCCCUGUUGUGGUGGUAAAAAAGUUUUCACUAUAUUUUUUGUAGAUUGCCAGUACCUAGGGCUUAUAAUUUCACUCUGAUUUGAGUGUAACUUAAUGAAAACUUCCUUUAAAAACAUUAAGUGCAGUGGGUAGGGAGAAACAUUGCAACAUCACAAAACAGUUGAUUCCUUAAUUGUAAGGGAAUAUGUAUGGAAUGUGAGAGUACAGGUUUUUUUAUAUGUCUUCAAGAUCAGUUCUGACCCCAAAUGCAUUUCAAAUACAAAUUUGAAGGAGGUAGCAUUAGAGUUGUAGUCUGUUGAUCAGAAUGUGAGGGUUUUUUUUUCUAGCCCUAAGAUUAACAUUUGUGUACAGCAUUUUUAAAGGCAGUAGAAUAUAUUUCUCAGCAUACCUUUCAAUGGCUUUUCCUGAACUCUGCUGUUAGUUCUGCAUAUCAUGCACUGAAUGCCCACAUUUUGCUUGGCAGCCUUACUGAUUAGUAGAUUUUUAUGUUGCAGCUCCUAUAGCAUCUCUCCAGUGACAGACAGCUGGUUGUGUCACAUUUGUAGAAAAUGCCCAUUCAGAAACUGGUCUGUACCAUAGAUACUGACUAGCAAAAUAGUCCAGGGAUGCACAUUCUUAGUUUGUGUGAAGAAGCCCACCACCUGCUUAGCAGCUGUUCACUUUUUCUCUUUCCCCCCUUUCUUUUUUUGCCAUGGAGCUAUUUCACAAUAAAGUGAUGGGUUAAAGAUGGCCCUUGACACAAAGGUUAAAAACAUACUUGUUUUCUCUCUAAUGUGAAGGGAGUGGGGUGGGGCGGAUGUGAGAAGAGAGUGCUGGGACUUGCCAGCAGGUUUUUUUUUUCUGUAGUUUUUCAAUCUCUGCCCUUCCAUUUAAUGUUUUCCUUCUUAAAAGAGACAUACUUCUGUGAUACUCUGCAAGCACCCAUGAUUAAACAAAAAGAAAAAGAAAAAAGGGGAAACAGAGCUUCAAGGUCUUGCUGAUUUAAAACUGCUAAGGGAAUUCCAAGUUUGAGGGUGUUUGAAAGCUACUGCAUCAGCUUGUGGCAGGUAGGAGCCAAUAUCAUAGAUGCACAAUGGUCUGUGUUGUCCAGGGAAGAGAAAGGGAAGGGGGUGGGGGUGCAGGGAUGUGUUUUCUACACUUUGAGGGCCGUUCCCUUACCAUCAUGCUGUCCCAUUUUGUGAUUUGGUCUUCUGUAAUUUGGUUUGUAUCCCCCCUACUUCACUUCUUCUAAGAUUAUUAUAUAGUGCUUUUAAAAGCCAGGUGUAGCUUGGGGAGUGAUAUAUAAAAAUACAUUUGCUUACGCAGCACAGUUGUUCCAUUGUGACAGUCAUUUGUGUGCAGGGCCGUGAUACAAUUGCUGCACAAGGAUGUGAGAGAAGACGCCCACAUGCUGUAACCUACAUGCACACCUGACACAGCUGUCUGGGAGUGGGAUGUGAGAUAGUUGCAACUUCUCGCCCUAUAACAAUGGGCACUGUGAGGCUGGCUUCUAGAGAAAGUCCUUCACAAUAUCAAGCGACUUUUAGAUGUGAAGAAGGGUCCGCAUAGCUCUAGACCUUCUCCCUUGCAAACGUGAUGGUGGUGGGGUGAGUGACCAAAGCCCUUUACAGUACGGAUCUUUUGUAAGAGCAAGACAAGGCUACCUCCAUUUUCCUAGUUCUCAUGCCUGUUUGGGACUGUGAGUCUUUGGAAUACUAUCCCAAUGGCUCUGAGCACUACAGCCAGAACAGGCAAAAAAAAUAAUGUGGCUUUCAACUGUGUGGCAAAAGCUAUAAGAGAAUCUUGUACUACAUACAGUAGCUGCACCAGGAGCAAAUUCCCUCAUUAAGAGUCUUAAAAUGAUUUUUGUUAGAAUGACGUUUCUGUUAGAACAAACUCUUACCUGCCUACCACCUUCUGUACUAUCUGAUGUGAGUUUGAAGGUCAUCACUACUCAGAUGUUGGUUCCAAAUGAUGCUACAUUGUGUGGCAUCCUCGCCUGGCCUAGCGUUGAAUUGAGAAAAGAUUCGAGAUUCUUCAUUUGCAGACUCUAGCUUUUGAGUCUCUGCUAAAUUUAAUCAUGGUUGUUGGGUUUGAAAUCGAUGCAAUACUUUUAAACCCUUCCUUGACCAAUUUCAUUUAUCUUCAAGUUUUAAUAACAAAUAUUUCUAAGGAGAUAUUUAGCUUUUUGUGCUUCAGCUGCACAUGGGGAAGCUGGAGGCAAAACAAUAAUGUGGAAUUCCAGGGAGAUGAUUAGAUGCUUGCUCUCCGUUGUAUGUUCUGUUACAGUGUGGAAUACAUAGUGGAGUCAGGGUUUAUCAUGGAUCAUGUAGGCAACGCCGGAUCCUCUCAACUUCCACAUAUUAUUUUUAGGAUGUAAUAUCAAUCAUUAAACUUGGUUGCUUUUGCAGGAGCCCAUUUGUGGACUUAUAAUUAUGAUGUGUUACCCAUCUGUAAACUUUUUCUUUCUGCUCUUGAGAUUUUAAUUUCCUAAACUCUGUCAAAUAGCUUAUCUCUCUCCAUCUUUUAUGAGGAGUUGUUCUUCUGCAUUUUCUAUUUCUCAGAUCAAAGAUUACUGACAUUGUGAAAGUCAUCAUUGGAUGGUUUCUUGGUGGCCAGCUUUAUCCCUAUUUUUGCUGCUUACCUGUCAAAGUAUAUUAUUUGCUCUAAAACUGAAUUUGAUUUUCUGAUUCCUGGGCACCCAAUUUUUGAUUGAAAGCAUUGUUUUUAGCAUUCUAGGAUGUUGUGAUUAAAAUUGUUCUGGAACUGCUAUGAUUUAGUCCUUAACAAAUACCCUUUAGACAAGAAAUGGCAUACAUUUGCAGCACAGAAAAGCCUGAAACCCCCCCCCCUUUUUGGGAGGGGUGAGUCUCUACUGCUGAGGUGGAAAUGUAUUCCAUACUCUUUGAAUUAAAUCAUCUCUUAAGAUGAGUGUGCAAUAUGUGUCCAUGUGUUACUUUAGCCCCCAGGAAAAGUACUUGGAUAUUGUGGAGACAAAAUUUAUUUAAUAUAAACUUACUUUGCCAGGAAAACAUAUAAUAUAUAAACCAGAGUUGAGGAGCUGUGGUAUUUUAUGGUUAAGGAUUGUGUGGCUUAGGCUUACUUGUCCCCUUUUCUCUCUGCUGACUUGCUUGCAAUGAGACCUUGGGCAAGUCCAGCAAUCUAGACUUUUUAUAAUCAAGUUGGCUAAACAGUUUGCUGUACAAGGCCCCAAGCCCACCUGAAUUUCUGACACAUCUUUGACUGCUAAUCCUGCAAACUGAUUUGUGUUCAUGCUUAAUCCCAUGCAGUUAUGCCUUGAAAGAAUGGAAAUAUGGUGUCCAUGUGUGCUUGGAGUAUGUGAAUGUCCCCAUUACCCCCCACCCCAGCCCCUCCUUUUAGUUUUACAGAAACCAGAGGUUUCUUCUGGCUUUAUCUAACCCCAGCAGACUUGCCACUUGGAAGAGACAUGAGCCAAUUGAACUUAUGAAACUGAUAGCAAGCUGGCUGAACACAUGGAUUUCUGAGACCACCCCAUGUCUGCUAAGCAGCUCUGUUGCCAGCCUGAUUUCUUAAAAAAAGCAACCUAGUAAGCAUUCUUCUCAAACCCUCCCUCCCUCGUAUUAGAUUCACAUGGAGCCGGAAAACUAGAUGCUCCUGUGAGUGGCAAAUCCAAAGAAAGCUCUGCAUUUGUCAUAGGCUCCUGUCGCUUCCUGUAGAUCUCUGUCUUUGAUCUGCUUGUAAGUCACAAAAGUCACAGAGUCACAAAAGUGCAGAGAAACUGGAAAAAGGUAUUGAAGUUGGUAGAAAAGAACUGUGCAUGCCUGCAUACAGGAACAACUACAGUGGUACCUCGGGUUAAGUACUUAAUUUGUUCCGGAGGUCCGUUCUUAACCUGAAAUUGUUCUUAACCUGAAGCAUCACUUUAGCUAAUGGGGCCUCCUGCUGCCGCCGCGCCACUGGAACAUGAUUUCUGUUCUCAUCCUGAAGCAAAGUUCUUAACCCGAGGUACUAUUUCUGGGUUAGCGGAGUAUGUAACCUGAAGCGUAUGUAACCCGAGGUACCACUGUACUUCAUUUUUAUUGUCUCCUGUUCUCUGAGUGGACAGGGUCAUGUGUAGAUCCUUGCGGGGGGAGGAGUCAUCCCAUGCUUUCCAGACUGGCCCUGGCUUCCCAGUUGUGCAAACAGGGUCUUUUAGUGCUGAAGAAAUUCAGUAAUUCAACACGUGGAGUGCUUCUAAUUUUAUUUCCUUUUCAACUUAAUUUCCUUGCUUUGGAUUUUCAAUGCUUAGCUUAGUGGAUUACCUUUUUUUCAGUGGAGCUUCCCUUUCGGAUUUUUUUCUUCAUUUCCUUGUUUUCCUCUUCCCCCUGCCUUCCGGGAGGCUUUUUGCCUUUCCCCUUUUGGGGCUCGGGUAUCCAAGGCACAAGGAAGUACAGAAGAACCCCUUCACCACUCUGGCAGAGGCAGGGUAGCUGUUCAGCCAGGCUCCGCUUCAGGAAUGGCUUCCUGCCCAUCAGCUGGGUAGUGUGGUAGCAACCAGAUUUCCCGCAUGCCAUUUUGAACUGACAGAGCCUCAUCUCUUAAAGUGCCAUGGCAUUUUAAGAAUACAGUCGUACCUUGGAUCCCGAAUGCCUUGCAAGUUGAACGUUUUGGCUCGCGAACACCGCAAACCUGGAAGUGAGUGUUCCAGUUUGCAAACAUUCUUUGGAACCUGAACGUCCGACGCGGCUUCUGAUUGGCUUCAGGAGCUUGAUGAUGCAGCCAGUUCUGCAUCCUUGGGUGUAAACCUAAUCUGGGAAUAGCCUGAGGGCAGGUGGAGGACCAUAGUCUCACUUUUUAAACAUUUCAAACUGUCUAAACUCUGGGCUGGUGAAGAAACACUUAACUCCAGACUUGAAGAGUUGGUGUUUGUUCUUGUUGAUAACAUAAGGUAUGAGAGAGAUUUAUAUUAUAAUGUAGUUAUAUUUCAGAAGGUUGGUUUUACUGUAUUGAGGGGAGGAAAAGGAUUGGGUUAAUGGGUGCCUUCUAAAAAUAAUUCAGUGGAGCUGAUCUUCAUACAAUUUCUGUUCAUAGUAAUGGAGCUUGUAUGGGAGAUACUGUUGGUAGAUUUUGCCCGAGCCCUUUUGUCCUUCUGUGAGCCUGUUAAAAGAGAUUUAUUAUAAAACAAGCAAAGAUACCCUCUGCUUAAUUGGGUAGCAAGCCUGAAGUUUUCUGUACUGCCCGUCUCCCUUUUAUGCCAAAGAGGAGGGAUUAGUGCUGCUUUGACCUCUUUAUUCAGAAGAAGCAUCGCAGUGGCAGCGUGUUUUGCUUUUGUUCCAAAUGUCUCAACUCUGACCUCCAAGUGGGCUUCAGUCUCCAGGUCAAAUGAGAUAUUUGCAGGAGUAAAUAAUUUAUUUGUUUUUAAUGCCACUUUAAAACAGCAUGAGUGACUGGUUUCUGUGACCCUUCCCCUUUUUCGUUUAAUGUGCUGCUUUUGGCUCUUCUUUAAAGGGGACUCGGUGGAGUAAUUUUGACUCUUAUCAGUUCGUUGACAGCUAUAUGAGCUAUUACUGGCUCCAGGCAAUAUAUGCAGGCGUGUGAAACCUCUUCUUUUUUAACCCGGGAAAAAGUUCUGCACCAAAUGGAUUGUGAAGAAUAUGGAGAUGGGAACUGGAGAGAAAUCUGCCUAGGACAGCCUCGUACUAGACUGCUUAUAUAGUGUACAACAAAUUAUUUAUUUACCUCCAAUCAAAGCGUAGUCUGUGUUUGGUUGUGUAUGAAAAAAUGAGAAUGCACGGAUUUUAAAUAAUUAUUAAAGGAGAACUUAUGGGCAACUGCUAAUAUUUGAAAGGCAUUUAAUUAGUAUAUUUGACUUUCAGCCAUCUGUCUUCCCCUUGAGGGAAAACAGCCUCUUUCUCAGGCUCUUUAGAAUCAUUAUCACAUUGAAAAGAACUUUUAUCCAUCUGCCAUUUGUACUAUUUUAGAUUGUGUGACUGGAGAGCCUAACCCCACUUUAAUCCUCCCAGAGUGCCUCUCUAGAUUUCUACCUUCAUAAAUGUCAACCCUGGACACUUUUCCAUCUUAUCAGAUGUAUGAAGCAGAAGCUCUCUGUUUCCCUUAAGAGAGAUUGUAUGUGUGUGUACAACAUAACAUGUUUAAAAAAUAACUCACCGAAAUAUGGAAGCUGGAAGUAUUACUUUUGUAAGUUUGUGUUACAUUAUAUCACCUCAGUUUUUUUUUGAUCUUGCAAAGAAUAUGCUUCUGUUAUGCUGGACCUUAAGAAGGAUCGUGCAGUAAGGUGAAGAAGAAUCUUCUAUUACGUGCCUGCUUGCCAGAAGCUAUAAGAAUCCUUAGCAUCUAAUAAUGUUUUGUAUAUUUAUAAAUUUGUCCAUAAGUGUUUUUCCCCUAGUUACCGCAUUUCUCACAUAGUGUUCUUGGUUCUUAUGUAAUGAAGCAAUCUUGUGUUAGAAUUUUGGGGAUGCAAUUUUUUUAAACAAAGCAUUUACACUGCUAGAUCCUCUACCUGUGAGCAUGUCACCAGUAAACCUGCACUAAUAUGCAUAUAUUCACAGUAAAUAGGUGGCAUAAGGCACUGGAAGACUAAUCAAACUUCAUGUGGCUCAAGGAGCGAAUGCCGGGCUGAAAUAACUCCUUGCCUCCCCUUCUGCUAGGUUUCUCCCUUCUGCAGUUAAUUGGAGGCCUUCUUAUUUGAAGUCUAGGGGUCCUAGGGUUCAGACCUAAACUGAUUUUGGGGCCAGGCAUCAGUCCUGGGAAUGAGAAACAGUAAUAGUGUCUUGUGAGUAUGUGAAAAGUAUCUGCUCCUGAGUGAUCAUAGCCACCCCUCAUAGUGGGGCUUAGUGCUUGACUUCUGAGCAGACUCUUCAUCUUCUGUUUAUUAAACACUGGUCACCAGAACAAAAUUAUCAUUAUAGCUUUUCUUGGUUACACACUUUAUGGAAUACUGUGACACUGAGGACCUUAUUAGAUACAAGGCAUCCCUUGUGUAGUCUAGGAUAAAGGGCAGCCCUUUAAUAAAACAGAUCCCUAUUUGAAGCAAAAAGAAAUUUAGUCCUAAAUUUCCUUCGUAUUUAACCUCUGCAUUCAAAGGAAUUAAAUCUUCUAUUCCCUUGUUAUGGCAAUAAUGAGAAAUCUCAAAUAAGAUCGAUGUUGUUGUGGCAGCAGGCCCUUUGUAUUUAUUUACUCAUGAUGUUGGAUACUGAUUAAAAGUUUCCAGCCAUGUUGUAAGCCUGCCCAGUCUAGAGCCAGGGCAGCUGUCGACCAAGGGAGAUGGCUAGGGGACAUAGUACCAAAUCACAGUAGGAAGCAUCAGUAGAUAGCUCAGAAAGCUGGGAAAGGUGUAAACAGAGCCUCAAUUUAUCUGCCGAGUGGGUUCUCUAAACACAGUUUUAUUGGACAGUGGCUCCUGCUUUACUAACCUCUAACCUCCGUGGUGCUUGGAGGUGCUACCCACUGACCAGCCUUGUCUUUGAACCUCUCUUGGUUCUUGCCACCUCAAAGGCUUGCUGUUGGAUUCCUAUGUUUUUCUUGGGACUUCACCUCUCAGCUGGAUGCCUGCAGCAGGGAAAACUGAUCCACCCUUAGAACACUGACAUAUUUGAAAGCGAUACCCUCGAGACUUGAAACCUAUUGCUUUCUGUUUCGGGAGCUGUCCGUCACUUGUCAGAAAAUGUAGCUGAAUCCUUUUUCACCCUUUUUCAGUUGGCAGUCAUAUUGCGUUAUAUAUUUAUGCAUAGCACUGAUUUUUGUUCUCCCCAUUCCUGGCAAACCCCUCUUGUGUUGGCAGUAACUGAAGCAGAUGUGAAUAUCUGUGGAUUUGGGUUUGUGAGGUGAUAAGUACAAAGCAGAAUGUUGGAUCUGUGAAACAUUUACACAAAAGGAUUGUAAAAAUUUCGCUGAAGAAUUCCUGUGUCUGUCCUUGCUUAUUGACUCAUUGCUCUGAAAGAUCAAUACUACAGACUUCGUACUGCCUGGCUGUUUUCUGUUGCUCUGAUAUAUCUCCUUCAGUGGAAUUAGGUAUGAUUUUGUAGAAGAAAUCUCAUGGUCUUUCUGCUCUUCCUCCUUCAAAGUACCAUUGUUGUCUAUAACUAUUGUCCCUCCCCUCUGAAAUAUGGCAGUCCUGAAUCGUGUGUGUGUGUGUGUGUGUGUGUGUGUGUGCCAGUUUAAAACUCACCUGUUCACCCAGGAAUUAUUCAUUUCUAGCUUGGUUAAUAUAUGAUUAGCGACCAUAGUUUGAAUCUAGAGGAGUUGCUGUUGUCUGUUCCCUCCUUCCCGGCCCAACACAGUUGCUUUGCUGAAUAUUGCUGAUAUAUUUUUCAGGUGCUCCAGCCUUGGUUGCUUGGACUGUCUUCAUUACUUUAGAUAAAUUUGAUGGCAGGUUAUUGUGGAGUCAGUAACCUGUCCUGAGCUCUGUAAGGCCUUAUACGUUAGUACCCAAACAUUGAACUUGGUCUGGUAGCAAAUUGGCAGCCAGUGCAAAUCCCGAAAAGAGAGUGGGUGGGUGGGGGAACUACUUCAUGCAUUUAACAAGCAACCUAGCUACCAUGUUCUACACUAGCUACUCUGGAGUAGCCCCACAAAUAGCAGAGUGCAGUAAUCCAACCUUGAGGUUACCAAGUUGAAAUUGGAGGAGGGAGGCUAUGUUACGUCAGUGUCCUUACUUAGAUAUGCAAAUGCCUACAUGUGUCUUCACACAGAAUUUGCCAUCAUUAGAACUGAGCAAGAACAUAGAACACUGGCAAGUUUGCAAAGUCUGGCACUAGUAGACAUUUGUAAUGUUUCUCUUUUGCUAUUAUGCAUCUGAAUGACUUGCAUAAAAUGAUGCUUUGAAUACUACUGAAGCGCAAACUCAGAAUAAGGAUCAAUAAAAGGUAGAGUUAGUAACACAACAUAUCUUCCCUUUUUAACCUCACCACUGGGACUCGUCUGCGAUGUCAGUAGUUUACAGCAAUGAAACUGAGAACCUAUAGAAGGCAACUCCCAAGUGACCAAUAUCUGGAGGGUCAGACAAGGAUUUUGAACUGUGACCUUGGUGCUCCUUGUGAAUCUGAAACUACAAAACAAAUGUUGGUACUGGCUAAGAUUUCAUUCCUUACAUACAGGUUUCUGGUCUGAUCAAUAAUGAAAUACUCCUAAUGUGUGCUCUUACAAAGUGAGAGUUCAAAUUUCCUAGGUUGGCAUCUCAGUUUGCCAAAUGCUGGCAAUGGUAGUUUUAGUUAGGCUUGGCAUUAAAGUACCAUAAAGACCAUGGGGUCAGUUGGUGGCUCGAUGAUCUCAGUAUUCUUGGAUAGAAUGGCAGUACACACUUCCUUUUCUCCCUGUCCUGUUUUAAAUGCUUUAAAAAGCAUUUAUACAGCAGUCCAUCAUUGCAGGGCCUGUUUACUCAUUACUUCUUUGUGGGGUAAAGGUACCCCUGACCGUUAGGUCCAGUCGCGGACGACCCUAGGGUUGCACGCUCAUCUCGCUCUAUAGGCCGAGGGAGCCGGCGUUUGUCUGCAGUCAGCUUCUGGGUCAUGUGGCCAGCAUGACUAAGCUGCUUCUGGUGAACCAGAGCAGCGCACGGAAACACCGUUUACUUUUUCGUGGGGAGGGGAUGUCAAAUCUCUAUUUGGUUUGAAUCUUGGGGUUCUCAUGUUCCUUCCACCUCAAUGUCCACAAUAGGUAAGAGGUUAGCUGGGCUGUACUGUGUUUGUUUUGAAUGAAGCAUCCCUUGCUCACCCAGUCUGUCGGUGCAAAAUUUUGUUUUGUUUUUUAUUUAAAAAGUUCAAGGAAGCAUCAUGUCAGAUAAACAUAGUAUAUCCUGUUCACUUUUUACUCUUUCCUAGAGUUGAGUGUGAGGGUGUUCACUCCAAGACUCAUACCACUUAAAUAAUUUUAACCUACAAACUGGCCUAAUACAAUUCUUUAAGUUCCUUUUUUUUUUUUUUUUGUGGAGUGUAAAGCGUCUUCCUUCAGUUUCUAUUAGCUUGUUAUCAAGUUUCAGUGGAUCACUGUGGAACUACUUUGAGGUUUUUUUACAGUCAAGCAGUGAUAAGUUUUAUGAAAUAAAUAAAAUAAAAUAAACAUGUAAUGAAAUAGGUUUUAUCCAAUACUGUGUAAGUGGAGUUCAUGGAAUAGGACUUCCCCUUCUUCUCCUCCCCUCUGUGAGCCCCCCAAAAUCUGCUCUGGAGGGUCCCCAAUCCUUGUAAGAGCAAUCUGAUGAAGUGUGCAUUAAUGUGGCUUGCCUCCCACAUGAAAAAUUUGUGAAAUCAGCGGGACUUGUAUUAAUACAACUUAAUGCACGUUUGCAGUAUUUCAUAGGAUAUCAGGUUUAGAUUUGCAUCAGGUACAGAUGUACUGUUAAUGGCAGUGGAUAUGUUGAUAAGUUGAAGCUUGUGAAAAUUUAUGGCGAGAAGCUAAAACAGAGUCUGGGUGGAGGGAGUUGGCUUUGCAAAGACUAAAAGUUUAAUAAAGGACAAAGGCCAGUAUAAAAUUAGGGAUAAUUGCAGUACUGUUAGAACAGUCACCUCUGUUUUGCUUACCUGAAGGUAGUAAAAGAUGUAUUGGUUUCUAUAAAGCUUUUCCAAAAGAAAGCCAUUAAAGUAACCUCUGCCAACAUGAAAAUGGUAGCACUUCAGGACCUCAUAAACGGUGUGAAGUGUGGCACUCUGGGAACACUUGACUCUUGCAGUGGGGCAACAACUUGCAAUGCUAUGGCGCCUGACCGUUAGGUUAGGCAAUUAACUUUUAUUGCUUUCUUCCAAGUCCUUCUCCCUUUCUCUUGGCUGAUUUUUCUCUUUUCCGACUAGAACUUUGGUCUAGGUGAUUGAUGCAAGCCAAAAGUUUUCCCCUGCUGAUGUAGCCCCCAUGUGAUUAAUCUGUUUUCAUUAAUACUGCCUUUUUGUGCAUUUGCCAGUAUUAUUUUUUCAUAUUAAGUUAAGACGUUUGUCAUUGUGCAGUAUGAUGAAGCAUCUCUAAUUAUGCUAAGAGCAAGUUUUGCUCAUGCUAUGGCAAUAAACUGUAGUAUAUAACAUGAUGCUGUGCAGGACUGGGGGGGAGGUAGUUAAGCAUGUGCAUUUGUAAGGAAAAUAGCAUUUUUUCCUAAAUCAACUUUCCCCUGCUAGGGAGUCGAAAACAACUGGGAGGUCACCAACUCCCAUCAGCGGGAGUUGUAGUCCAAAACAUGGUGAAGGCUAGUAUCUACGGAUACUAGAAAUCUACAGUGUGUAGAUUUCUGCAAAUGCUACAUUCCUGCUGGAUCCUGGCAAAAAGAUUAUUCUAAAUAUCUACCAUACACUUCAACUUCUCUUAUUAGCAUAUUGUUGUGCUAAAACCAAGUCUGGCCUGAGUCUGUGUUAUACUACCUUGUUAGGGAGUGUGGAAAAUUACAAUAUUGCCAAUAUUUAUGAGGUACAUGUGGUACAGACGUUUCCUUCCUCAAGUGGAGGCGUGCAUGCAUGUGGAAUAAAUUGAUCCUGCUCUUCCCAAUAAAUGCAUCUUGGUGCAGCUAAGCACAUGAGAAGCUAACGCUAACAUUUGUUUGUAAACCAAUGGGUGGGGGACCCUAGCGCACAUCGAUCAAAAUUGGGUUCCAGAUCUCCUCAUUUUGCCUGCUAGGCCAUUUCCCCUGAACUCCAUCCAUCUGCCCCAAACCUGAUGUCAUGUGUAAACUCAUGAAGGCCCACCUACUUUUUUGAAAUGUUAUUCAAAUAAUAUUUAUAAGAUUCUAAUUGCAACUCCCAGGCCACCCCAAUCACAUGGGCCUCCUCCUCCUCCCCAUAGGCCUUAUAGCUGCACAGAUGCAUUUAAACAUACUUUCUUGAACCCAAAAUGUCUUGUGCCAGUGGAGAGGCACUACAGCAAUGCAACACAGGGUUCCUGGAUUCUGUUGCUUCCAUGUCCCCCUUCAGCCCCUUGUGCCUUAUCCCAUACUAUUCCAUAUGAUCCCUGGACCCUAGAAGCAGCUCUUUAUGGGGUACAUAGCACUGCAGUGGGGAACAGAUAGGAACCUGCAAACCCCAUUGUGCAAGUGGACUUGUGAUUUGCCUUUUCUGGAUCAAACCCAGAGAAAGGAAGAGAUAACUUAGAGGGAAAAGAUGAAUGCAUCAUUCCUUUACAUAACAAAUACAAAUUGUAUUAAUAGGCAAAUUAGUUUUGCGUCUGCUGCUUAUUCCUGUGCAUCCCUCAAUCCUGAGCUUGUUUGUUAAUUUACUUUAUAAAAACCACCAUUCUUUUGUAAGAACCAAAAAUUACACUACAGUAAUAAAGGACAUCCACUCCAAAAACAGCACAACAGCAGCUGUUCUUGAAAGCAGCUAAAAGUACAUUUCAGCAAAGUGAUUUUGCCUGGUCUGUAAAAUACUAAAGAGGUUGAGCUAUGAUGCAGCUGGCUCAUAGACUGUCACAACUUGGAUGUCUAAUACUGCAUAUCUACUAGUUCUUCUACGAUGUUGUCACAAACUCUAAAACAAAUUAGUGAAGACCAGAAUUCUAGUAGGUUCUGGCUCUCCAUGAUAUGAAAUGGAUUAGAACAGAAUGGAUCUGUGACCACCUAAUAAAUUGAUUUGAAGGAAAUUCCAGGGGGCAGGCAAGGAUGAAAAGCAGGACAAAUAAAUAGUCCAGUGUGGAGCUUUAAGCACACAGCCUCAUUGCAGAAAUACCUUGGUCUCCACAUGCAAAGUAUGCAUGGAUUACCAAAUGAGGCAGGUUUAAUAGCCAAACAGCUGCAGCUGGUUGACAGGUAGUGAUGAAAUAGGGCUAAGGUGCAAGAACAACAACAGCAAAAAUGCUGAGACGUUCAACCCAGGAACUCUGUCCUGACACCUUAUUCUACAGGGCAGUACCCACAGCUGAAUUGUCAUGUUUCAGCAAGUGUCAACUCUCUGAUGGAGAGGACUUUUUGUAUCUAGAAUCACUCAAUUUAAUCUGUCUCUCUGAUUUAAAAUCAAAUCAGUCAGAAAAAGUUGUGCCAUGUGAUAGUGCCAAUUACCUGUGUUUCCUUUUCGUCUAAGUUUUUAAAUUACGUGCACAGUGGGGGGGGGUUAAUCAAAGCUUUCUUUGAUGAAAUAGGGAAGGGGCAUUUCUUCUUAAGCAGAAGAAUUUCCUGUUCUGCUUAGUAAUGUUGUGUAUUGGACAGUACUGGAUGACUGACUAGCCAUGCUAAUCAGUUUUUUUCCUGGAAAAGCAAACAAGGUGGGAAGGAUUCACUGAGCUCUGAAAACAUCUGUUUGGAGAUUUGCAGCCUCCUUGGAAAGUUUUGGAUUUUGCCUCAAUGAAACACAACUUAAAAGAAGAAAGAUUGCUAGUAGAUUAAACCCUUGCAUCAUUAUCUUUUUAAAUUAAUAAUUAUUUUGCUAUACAUGGGCAUAGAUAUUUAGGCUAUAAAAAUUGUUCCCUUUCCUUUCAUGUCUUCCUAAUUCCCCAUCCUUCGUGGGACAAACAUUACAUUCUUUUUGAUGUUUCUAGUAGAAGUUUGAGGAGGUGAAGGCAUCCUGCAGGAAUUGAGUUUUUUAUAGACACUCUUACAUCAUAUCACAGAAACCUGUUUCCACAGUGUAAAAUUGAGUGGAGAGGGCAUUUGAUGGGGCCAAAAUGAUUAAACUAAUAGCUCUUCACUAUUAUGAAAUAAUAGUGCAGACCUGGAUAUUAACAAGAAAAAUACUAAUAUUUCAAUCUGGAAUAUUUCCAAGUUUCAUGGAAAUACAUGGAUGAUUUUGCAUGCUGUUUGCGAACACCCUCAUUAAGGUGUGUGAAAACUUCCUGUUAUUGAAGCACUUGGCUUGGAACACCCAAUAGCUUGGAACACCCAAUAGCAGAACUGAAAGGCCUCUGGAUGUUUUUGUUGAUUGCAAAAGAUACAGAAUAUGGAAAGAAUAUGGAGUAUACAGAUAGGAACAUAAGAAGAGCCCUGUUGAAUCAGGCCAAAUGCCUGUGAAAAUCAAUUGUGCAUUUUGAAAGCAGCACAUAAGCUAGUUUAUUUAAUUAUUCUCAUCAUGCAGGAACUAUUAAAAUAUCUUACAGUUCUCCUGAUGAUUUCCUACUUAGAAGCCUAAGCUAAGGACACAUAUUAACUAGGAUACACAUAUUAACUGAAGGAAGGAAAACAAAAAAAUGGCCAUACCAUAGACAGAUUUAUGGGGUAGUUUUCUACCCAAAGCUUGACAUCCCCUGUGGUGCAGUUUGCCUGUCAUACUAAGCCAAACCAUGACUAAGCAUGAACAAGCAAGUAUGCAGUACGUGGAAUAAAAAUCACAACCACUUGGCUUCUCCUCAGUCCUGCUUUUAUGCUCUUCAGAGCUAAGACAUGGUUUGGCUACCUGGGCUUAUGCUUACACACACACACACACACACACACACACACAGACAGAACCAAAUAAACCCAGACGUUAGCCAAGCACAAACCCUGGCUACAUCUUGUGGCUUGUGUGGAGCAGAUACAAUUUUUUCAGAUAACCCACCAUGUUAGACUUAGUGUUGUGUCUGAACCAGACCUAUAGAACAUCUGUCACAAGCCAUGUGUGUUGUGUCAGGAGAGUAUCACUUUAAUCUGCUUCCCUGGAGUAAUUUUUGCUUGAAAAACCACGUGGGACAUGUUAGCUAACACAUUAAUUCUUAAACAGAAACUAAGAAUGUAACAGACAGGUUUUUUGGGGGUGGUGGUUGUUGUUGUUUUACCCCAAGUUGAAUUUGUGUGUCCUAGGGUGGUGAAAUGUUACAAAAAUUCAGGUCUGCUUCUCUGGGUCAAUCUUUGCUGUGAAAUACCAUUGGGGGCAAUUCCCCCUCCCAGUUACAUUAACAUUGGUUGAGGGUGGGGCAGUGCCCCAUUGGUGGGAUUUUUUUGCCUCCAGCACUUUUUACUAAUGGAAAGAAAACUGUAAAUGAUAUGGGGCUGAAAUUUAGGGACGUUGCAUACUACUGUGCAACUGACAAACCAGCACUGUGUUGUAGGUCUAUUUCUGUAUGAAUUCUGCAAUGAACCCAGGGUGAACGUCAACCCUGUUUUUCAUAACUAACUGACAACUUGGCUAUGGGAAUCCAUGUAUUGGUCUCAGAAACUACAUCUUCAGAAUCUUCUGGUUGGAGCUUGUUCUUUUUAUAGGGGACUUGGAACCGACAACUUGUAAAGGAUAAUGGGCUUGUUCCAUUUUGCAGGCACAGAAAAGCACUCUGUAUUUAAUAGACACUAAGCAUUCCCUGUCCUGCUUGAGAGCUUAUUGUAAUACAGAGACCACUUUAUCUGUUCAAGGACAAUAAUUUAUUUGUACAUAGCAGUGAGAGUCUUCAGCCACACAGUACAACUGCAUAAUUUCAUAAGUUGUGUUUAAUUCUGUUAUUUCACCAUGACUACCGUAUUUUUCGUCCCAUAGGACGCUCUGUCCCAUAGGACGCACCUAGUUUUUUUGGAGGGAAAUAAAGGAAAAAAUUUUUUCCUUUAUUCCCCCCCCCCCCCCCAAAAAAAACCAGGUUGGGGAAACCGAACCAGGUCGAGGAACAGCGGGAUGGCGGCGCUGCGCCUCCUUGCUGUCCCCCAAGCUUGUGGGGCUGGCCGAUGUCUGUCCGGCGCGUGGGGCGCGCCGGGCGGGGAACUCCCGCAGGGCUCCCCACGCUGCGGAUGUCUGUCCGGCGUGCGGGGCGCUCUGCUUCAGGGUGUCUCUCAUGCCGGGCGGCAGGCUGCUAUCCGCAGCAUAGGGAGUCCUGCAGGAACUCCCGCAGGGCUGCCUAGGCUGCGGAUGUGUUCCUGAAGCCUGGAGAGCGAGAGGGGUCGGUGCGCACCGACCACUCUCCAAGCUUCAGCGAAAGCCUGCAUUCGCCCCAUAGGACGCACCCAGGUUUCCCCUUCAUUUUUGGAGGGGAAAAAGUGUGUCCUAUAGGGCGAAUAAUACGGUAUAUUUGUGUUGCUGGUUUUUCUUCACAGUUAGGAAGUCAACCUGAUAAGCAUCAGUAACUCAUGACCAGCUGUGUUAUGCCUUUGUCUUUUUAUCGUGCUCUGAAAUUUUAUGCACAGUCAAUGCAGUUGAGGGAAAAAACACUGUUUUCCUUGCUGGCUGGCUGUCCUACACAAACACAUGCAGAUAUUCCUCCUGGCUGAUACUGGGCCUUGGGGAGGUCUUUAAAUUUAAGUGCCUUCUGGACACUUAACUGUGUUGGAGAUCUCUGCAGAAACAAUUAAGUGGAGAAAAUAACUUCUGUAAGGCCAGACCGCUUGAGAUAUGAUUAUUGGCAAAGUAUGUUUCCUUUGGGGUUGAUAGUUUUCAGAAUCAAUUUGAUUCCCAAGUCCUUACAAAUUUGUUUUGUUGCAGUUCUGUAUGAGAAGCAAGGAAUGAAUUAAUUACAUUUUUAAAAAGCUACCCAUUGCCUAUUCUCAGGGCUUUUUUCAGCCAGAACUCGCUGGAACUCAGUUCCAGCACCUUUUGGGUGGGCGCCAUUGCCAUUAUAAGAGAACCAGGGAGGUGUUCAUGGUGAGUUCUGGCACCUCUUUUUCUGGAAAAAUAUUCUGAUAAUUGGCAGUGAAUUUAAAAUGAUAACAAGACAAUGUGUUCUCUGUGUACAUCCUUGCGUUUUGAGUUCUGUAGUUUGGAUUUAGCUGCUUGCAGUAUAUGGCACCAGUAGCCAUUGUUUCUAAAGGGCUAGAAUAGGAAUAGCUUUUUCUACAGUAUAUUUAUUAUCAGGAAACAGUAAACUGUUUUGAGGUUUUUUGUUUUUGUUUUUGCAGUCAAGCAGUAUAUACACUAUAUUUAAUAAAAAGCAAAUAAAUAAGAUAAAAUAGGGCCAGACCCAUUGCCUCUCCUGCUUUUUAGGUGCACUACCAUUAUAUGUUUACUGUCUAAAGAACAAGAAAGGCAAGUCUGAUCAACCUUUUUGGCCAUGUUUUCCUGCCUAUUCCAUAUCCUCCCUAAGGAAGCUCACCAGUGACUCCAAAAUUGCUGUCUAUAAUUAGGUGCAUGGCAAACCUGCCUGUGAAGGUGGCCUCCCUAGAAGAUUUUAAAGCCCAGCCAGGCUCAUGGCCAUAUACGGCUUUAUAGUUCAUAACCAGCACUUUGAAUUGUGACAAAAAAUGAACCAGUAGCCAGUGCAGCUGUUGUCACAAUGAGCUUCUCUUCUCCUUGUAACUGGCUUGGGUCAGCUGUUUGGACGCAGCAUCUUGGAUCCACUGAAGUUUCCAAACACUUUUCAAAAGCACAUUGCAGCAUGUAACUAAGGAUGAAUGGAUGAAUGUAACUAAGGUGUGCAUCAUUGUAGCCAGAUUGGACGGCUCCAGGAAUGGGUGCAGCUGGCACACUAGUGUAUAUAGUAGGCCUCCCCAGUCUAAUGUCCUGUAGAUGUUUGGGGCACACGUCCCAUCUUUCCUGAUCUUCAGCCAUGCUGUCUGGGGCUGAUGACAGUUGGAGUCAGAAACAUCUGGAGGGCUCCAGGUUGGACAGCUGUGGUGAUUUAGUGAAUCUAUGUGUUUACGGCAUCACUCUGUGGGAUCAGUCUGGGCUGAAACAGCCCAGUGUUAGGAGAAACUUCUGUAUAACAUGGUGGAGUCACUGAGAACCAGAUCUGCUUUAGUCUUCAAAACCCCAUCCUAGAUUCAGUUUCUUAGCGACAGUUGCAUGUGACACAUAUAUGUUUCAACCGUAUACAGAUGUUUGAUAUUUCUGUCUGACAUAAAUAUGUUGUGAAAAUACUAUUCAUUAUUCUUUGCAGGCAAGAUGGUUCUGGGAAGCUUACUUUCAGUCAAUGAAAGCUAUUGCUUUGGCAACCCUCAAGAUUAUCAAUGACAGGAUCUACCCAUAUGCUGCCACAUCAUAUGAAGAAUGGAAUGAUCCACCAGCAAUUGUAAGUAGAGCUAUAUUUCUAUUAAAUUUAAUAUGCUGGGCCUCUUCAAAAACAGACUCCCAUUGUGAUCUGCUGAUAUUUUAUAUUUUGCUGGUAAACACAAAUUUCACUUUGUCCAAAAUAUAGCCUAAAGGGAAAUAUUUGUAUAUUAGCUUGCUACACUAUUUUUCUUUUUCUCUUAAAAUGGGAGUCUUAAGCUAUUGUCAUAUGUUAGAAGGUCUAGUUUUGGCCAUUGCAAACAGUUCUUAAGAUAAGUGCACUGCGUUUCUGCUUUAAGAAAUUUGAACUACUUGUUAGCAGAGGUACUUCCAAGAAAGUGGCCGGGAAAGCUUUUUGUCUGAGAAUAGUAAAUGUUGGACUCAGGAUGGCAAAUGAGUGAUUGCUGUUUGUUCAGUAGGCAUGCUCUGUCUGACAAUAGAAACUGAUUAUUAUUGCUGAAUUUUGGUGAUUGUAGUGCUAUUCCAUGAUUACAUUGCAAAAUGUAGAAGCUGAAAUUGUUACUAAUCUCCAAUAAAGAAGUUAGGACAUCUUACAAGCUUCUACUCCAGAGGGACUCUCCAGAGUAGAUUUUAGGGGUGCUACAGCAGGGAGGAAAUGAAAGCAGAAGUCUUGUUGUGCAAGUUGAAGUCCUCUUGCACUCCAUUGGAUACAACCCAGUGUGUAGCAAAACAAUACCUGUGGCUCCCCUCAUCCUUUUAACUGAGAAUUUUAAUUUAUUGGUUUACUACCCCUAUGACACUUGCAGAGUCAAGGGAGUGUUCAUAUUUGUCAGUUUAUUGCAUGUUUAGGGAGUUCUCCUGUGCCACCUUUUGAGCACCAUUGUACAAAAUGUAUGGCUCUGUUUUGUCAUUGCUGUUUCAGUGUUCUCAAAAGGGGUGUCAUAAAUUGAAGUUUAACCACCACUAUUUUAAUAAUCGCCAGGAGACCUGCUGUAUGCAGAGCAAUAAAUGUACUUUCUCAGCAGACCUCCAUUUUCUCUGUGACUGACUGCUAGAGAGCAACUUGGCUGUGAGACAGGAAAAGAGAUGCCAUACAAAAUGAAAUAACAGAUAAAUACCGGUAGUUCAAAGAAUGGCUCAUGUGUAAGUUAGAGUGAGAGAGCAGCUAGUGCAGAGAAUGGUAUGAAGGUUCUACUGCUAAAACUAAACAGUUCUUCUACUAUAAGCCAUCUUGGGGAAAGAUUGCUUGGGACCAAUAUGUCAGUUGCUCUGAGCAACUCAGAGAGAGCAGAUUACACAAAGAUACUGCUAUCUAAAUGCUUGUUAUACAAAAAUUCACUUAUCCAAACACAAGGAAUUAGUACCAAAACCAUGCUAUACACGCUACAGAUUCAGAUACCCGAACAGCUGAACCUGUCAUAUAUUCUCCUACCUCAUGUCAAAUGUAGCGUCCCUAAUAUGUUGUCUGUUCUAGUCUAAGCAGUUUGCCUUAGUCGUGUAAAGUUAAGUUAUAGUAGGUUUUGAAAAACUCUCCUGCUUUUCUAAAGGACUGAUCUUGAGAGGGUUUUUUAAAAAAACAAACAAAAAACACCCAUGAGUUUUAUUAGUGUCCAGUGGGUUUAGUUGUCAUGAUGAUGGAUAUCAAUACUGUAUUAUUAUAUCGAGCCAUCGUGUUAGCAGUGGUCUGAGAAAAGCAUUUUAUAUAAAAACUAAAGCUAUGCCUGUUGCCAUGAGUACUUUAACUUACCAAACCCACUGUUUGGAAAAGAUUUUACAGUGCAUCAGCUGAAUAUCUUUCAGAAAUGUUUCCAGGUGAAAUUUUAUGGCAUCUAUCCUACAAAAUGUAGGACAAGGUAACGACAAGCCUCUUAAGACCAUACACUUUAUAGCUAUAUGCAGCUUGAUUGAAGGUUUUGGCACAGAGGUAGCCCAAAAAUGUUCACUUAAAGAAAACUGUAUUGAACCAUUUUAGUUUCAGAUCACUUGACACUUCAACAUAUCAGUUAAAAUAUUGGAAAUGUUCAAGUGUUUCUGUAGCUGGACACUUACCUGCUUAUUUGAGGAGAAUAUAUUUCCUUUCACAUGAGUAACUUGUCAGCCCUGAGAGACACCUCAACGAACAGCUAUUAAAAUAGCACAGGGUUUUUCUUUUGGACUGGCCAACAGAUCUUUGUAGAUCCUAGUCUGUUUGGACUAAGUAACAGGCAUAGUCGUUGUGUGAAUUAUGACUUACCUUUGGAGAAACUUGCCCCUAAAAUUAAUGGAGUAAAUACAGAAACUGUUAAAAAUGCACAGACACCAUGGUGCUUAGAUGUCAAGGCCAUGCCAACAUUUAAGUAGAAGCUAAUUUUGUCGUUGCUAACAGCUGCUAAGUUUCUGUUAGUGGUAAAUGAACAAAUGUAGAUUUGCUACCUAUUACAGGUUGGUUUAACAAAACAUGGAAACUCUCAGUCAUGGAGAGAUCUCAAACCAAAUUAAAGGGGCAUGAAAUCCAUACUCUAUGGGUGACUUCUUUUUUAAGGCUCCCAUUUCUUGUAUGUGUAGACUCAGCAAUAGCAAUGCGCAAAAUACCAUUGCACCUUAGUUCAAUUUUUAUUUUGUCAUGGAUAAGGAUAGUAGAAAACUUGUUCUAGAAUUUUAGGGUGGUUUUUUUUUUUUUACUGAACUUGGUCUUUCUCACCAUUUAUAGCCUGAAAUGUAAAUAAACUGUAGUUUUUGCUUGGUUUAUACACCUACUGCUGCCACCACCCAAACUUCCACUGAUCAGGUGUCGACAGGGAAGAGGAGUGGAGUGGAGGAGGAUGCGAUUGAAUCCACCCCCCUUUCGCCUUUUAAACUAGCUGAUCAUCAGGAUUUUAGUUUUAAAGAGAAGUUCCAAGUUCCUGCUUGGCUGCUGGGUUAUUACAAAAUGCUGGCUGAAAAGGGGGAAAACAAACAAGCAAUUACUUGGCAAGUUUGAGUGCUAGUUUUAGCCUAGGUAAACUAAAGUGCUUUGCUUACUGAAAAAGUGACUGAUGAUACUCAUUAUGAAACUCAAAUUCUGGAUUAAGAGAAAUUAUGUUCAAGACAUAUUAUGCAAAUUAACACAGCAUUAAGGGUUAGAUCAAGACUUCCCCAGAACAGAACUUUGCUAACUAGACACAGCCUCAGGUAGAAUAAAGGAGGCAUUUUUCAUUGGCUCCUCCUGCACCUCACUAUGUCCCCUCAAAAUCUGCUCUGGAAGGUUUGAGGACCCUACAGAAUCAUGUAAGAGGUUGGAGGGGUUGCAGAGGGAAGGAGAAAUAGGUGUCAGUUUUUGCCACUCUCCUUUCCUCCAGUGGGAGCUGCCUCCUGGAUCCAAAUUCUUUCUGUAAAUGGAAGGAGCUCUUCAGGUUUGCCCUUUGACAAGUUGUGGAUGGGAAGCAUGGGGGGGAAUGUUGUCUCUAUGCAUUCAGUGGAAGUACAUUCUGCUUGCAGAACGAAAUAAAAUAAAGGUAUUCCUUGUUAGGUAAUUCAUAAUAGAAACUGCAUUGAGGUGACAAUAGAUACUUAAAACAACCCCCCCCCAACCACCCUUCCUUGGAAAAAUGAUGUAAGUAUAAUUUUAGUAUUAAAAAAGUGUUGGAAAGAACAUUUUGAUCAAUGUAUCAUUAAAUCCUCCUUACUUCUUUCAUAAUAGUAGUCUGUUAUGGUUCAAGCUGAAUAUGAUUUCACAAAGUAAUAAAAUAUGGCUGCUGAGAAGAAAAUUGUGGGAGGGAAGGAAAAUAGCACUGCUUUUGUUCAUGAGAACAGUAAAAAAACUUUUAUUAUCACCAUGUUAGCUAUCCAGCAAUGGGGGAGUAAUAUUCACCCUCAUAGUGUGCAUACCAGCAUGUGGGCGAGACUGAAGGAGUGAGUAACCAGGAAGAGGAUCUUCAAAUUAUGUUGGCUAGCUCAACAAAAAUGUCCUAUCACCUCAAAAAGGAUCCAGAAAAAGUUCAGAAAAUUGGCAACCAAAAUGAUCACGGGGUUAGGGCAAGGCACUAUGAGGAAAUACUACAACACUUGGGACUUUUUUAGUUUAGAGGAAAAGGCAACUAAGUGUGGACAUGAUCGAGGUGUAUAAAAUCAUGCAUUGCAUGAAGAAAAUGAGUGCUAGAAUUCAGGGGCAUUCAGUGAAGCUGGUCAUCAGAAGAUUCAGGAGAGACAUAAGAAAGUCCUCCUUCACACAGCGCGCAGUUAAACUAUGGAAUUUGCUCCCACAAGGGGUGAUGAUGGUCACCAACCUGAACAGCUUUAAAAGAGGAUUGGACAAAUUCAUGGAGGAUCAGGCUAUCAGUAAUGGCUGUUAGCUGUGUUGGAAGCAGCAUACCCCUGAAUACCAGUUCCUGGGAAUCACAUGUGGGGAAUCACAGUUGUGCUCAGAUCCUGCUUGCAGGUUGCGCAGGCUGAAUAGGCAGGUGGUCUUCAUCUUCCUUCUGCACUCCAGUCUGUGCCAGUGAAGUGGCUCAGGAGAAUUAUUCUAUCUUCUUCUUUUUGUUCUCUUUCUGUCUUGGGGAUUUAUUUCAUUUGAUUAUUUAUGCAACAUAUUUAUAUGUUGCCUUUGAAAAUAAGUUUAACAUCACAAUAGUGUUCUUUGACUUGGGUAUUGCAUUGUUGGCACAUAACUUCUGUUGUAUUUUUAAUUAUUGUAAUUGUGUUGGAGAUAGAUUACAGAUGUUUUCAGAAACAAACACUAUAAAUGAUUAUACACUAAUCAUUGGGAAAUCAGUCAUUUUCACUUAUUACUCUUAAGAUUAGCCCCCCCCCAUGAAGUUUUUCUCUUUCCAUGUGGGGUGAGGUUCAGAGUCCUUCAUAUCUCAGGAGAUGUGAAUUCCAUCAGGAUCUUUUUUGUGGGGGGGAUAACUUUCUUCAUUCUUUAUUGAGUCUUAAAAUAGUUUUAAUACUGCAUGCAGUUAAAGAAGAAGAAAGUUCACUUAGCCAAAGCAAAGGAAAUAAAUUCUCCAGUAGCAAAUGGAAACUUUAAAAUGUUUUGGGGUUGUUGUUUUUUGCUAAAUGGCAGUCUGACACAAAUGAGUCGCUUCUUGUGGAGAUGUUGCUUAAAAAAAAAAAAUCACCAAAAGUUAGGCCAGUUUCCCAGCCUCCCACUCAGGUUCUGGAUCCCAGUGCUUUGGCUUCUUUUGCUGUCUGCGGAAAGGAGACCGCUGUCAAACAGCCAGGAAUGCCAGACCGAGCAGUGUGAGAGCCCUGUUGCAUUGCAGAGUUGACACUUGCAACUGGAUAUGGCUUGUACAUAAAACUGAUUCACGAUAAAUACCCUAUCAGUCUUGGGUUAAUUACUGUGGCUCCUGUAAUGAAUAUUAGCUGGUUGAGCGUUGGGAAGGCUGGCGGCUGGGGGUGGGGAGUGAGUUAGAACUGUCUGAGCCAUGGCUAAGUGUCAGCACUUUGUCAAAGAAAGUGAUGGAUGAUUACACCAUCAGUACCAGUUGUGGGGAGUGUGUGAGAGAGAGUGAGAGAGAUCAGUUGGUGAUCUCCAAUACAAGGCCUGGAUGCACCUGAAACAAAUGUUGACUGCUGCGUUUUCUAUUGUUGGGAAGAACCAUCCUUAUGUCACCAUCAAUUUCAUGCCCUGCUUCCAUAAUAGGGAUUUAAUUAGGCUUCUGUUGAGUUAAUUACCUGCAUUGUUUGCCUUUCUCCAACAGAAGUUUGUAAGACUCAAGUAAAUCAUGGAGGUUUGAAUUUGCCCAAUUUCCUGCCGAAAGUGAGGUCAAGAGGUCCCAGACUGUAGACACACUUUUCAGGCAGGCAGCAGGGGGUUGGCUCUUAAUGGUGCUUCAGCAAUGCCUAAAUGCCCUUUUGAAAUGUUACUCUCAACUAAGGAAACUUGAUUAUUUUUGAGGUGGGGGCGUUCACUGUUGGAUGUCAGAGUAGCAGAACAUAUUCUAGCUCAGCCAUUCUUUGCCAGUGUCUCAAUUACACAGUGGGCUCCUUUCAACAAAGUGGCACAGCUGCCUAGAUGCUACAUUUCUUUAUCUAGACUUAGAAAUGUGCUGGAUGUUAAAUGUACUAUAAGAAUUUCCAUCAUAGUUCUAGUAUCAAAAAGUAAAACGUUGCUUUUAUGAUAUUGUUCAUUUUGAAGGCAAACCUACUGGGAUCAGUAGUAAAGAGGGUCAGGCAAUUUGCCUCAUUUGCCAUAGCCAUGAAUCAAAGCUGGAGCUCCAGCUAUUGAUUAGAGAUUACUUAAAGGAAGCUUUUGAUUGCUUUGUUUCAUUUGUCAUUUGUCUGCCCUGCCCAUCAUUUGUUCCUGUGCUGCAUUUGCAGUACAGUGGUACCUUGCUUUAAGAACAGCCCUGGUUACCAACAAUUCGGUUUAUGAACUCCACAAAACCGGAAGUAGUGUCCUGGUUUGCAAACUUUACCUCAGUCUAAGAACGGAAUCCGAACGGUGGAAGGGCACUGGUGGCGGGGGCCUCAUUAGGGAAAGUGUGCCUCAGUUUAAGAAUGGUUCCGGUUUAAGAACGGACUUCCGUAAUGGAUUAAGUUCGUAAACCGUGGUACCACUGUAUAUACAUGUAAUGAUUAGCAGAUGAACAGUGAAAGACAAGAGCUAAAGAACAACUUACAUAUGAGUAGGCACCCCGUCUUGUUUUAAGUGGCAAAUAAGCUCCCCAACUUGCCAUUGCAGGCAUGAAGCUUGAAAGAAUGCUACUUUUAAUGUUUUGUCCAGACAUUGUAAAAAAUAUUGUAGGAAACACCAUACCUUUCCAGACAGAGGGAGAGAGACUAGUUUUUCCAGAAAAAAUGCAUAUCUUUUCUAAUCAUUUCUUGUUGGUAUACCACUGCACCAUUUUAUACCCAUUGUCAUUCAAGCACCAGUAACUUCCUGACUGAACUACUCUAACAUGCUGUACCCAGAGCUGUCCAUUGACCUUGCUAUGCCAUUAAAUGAUUCAAAAUUGUGCUGUCUGACAGUUUUCUGAGAUGGCGCUUAUUACUCUGGUUUUAUUUAAUCUACAGUGACUCCCUAGUCAUGGUGCUGGUUACUACUAUUUAAAAGUCCUAAGUGCAGUGGAGGACGCUGUGAUUGCUCCACAUUAAAAAAAAAACUAUAUAAAAAAAUUUGGUGCCCAGGCAAAACUAGUGUAUGGGAGGAUCUAGCAAAACUCUAUGGCAGAGAAGAUCUAAAUGACUUUCCUAUGAACAUUAGUAGAUGACUGCAUCACAGUAAGCCUUCCGAUCCAGCACUGUUCAAACUAUUGCCGUGUUCUGUAGUGUUUUGUAUUACAGCUCCCAUCAUCUGCCAUCAUGGGCCAUGCUUACUGGGGCUGAAGGGAAUUGAAAUCCAAAACUUCUGGAGGGACAGUAGGUUGGGCAAGGAUGGUCUCUUUAGGACACACAUCCCUUCCAGCUGACCCUGACAGUUGGGAGAUUCCCUAGAGCAUUCUUCAAUAAAGUGUGAGUGGUUCUUGUUGGAAGUGAAAAUUGAGAAUAUCCAUAUGUGCAACAGAAUUAUUUAGCUGCAUAUCAGACUCUGUUGAUCCUAGCCAAUAUGUUACAAUGUCCUAUGCAAGGGUGAAGUUAAUGCCCUAGUUUUUCAUAGGCCUAGAUUUAUUUAAAAAAAAUCUGCUUUCCCCCUGUCUAUAUUCUUUAAUGUUAGUCUUUGAUUGUGUCUCUGGGAAAAGAAAUGUAUACUACAAAAUGCAUUCUGUUGGGACUCUACAUUUUGGCUCUACUGUGCCUUAUCUGCAUUUCUGCCAGCUAAAUUGGCUUCCUUAUGAUGGUAAAAUAAGUCUUUUAAAAGUAUUUAGGGAACAUUAGGUGGAGUAAAUAACUAAAGUUGAUCUUUGCCUCUUUUCUUGUUUUUUAAAAUGCUUGAAAGGUAGACUGUUUAAAACCAUAGAACAAGCCUAUUUUUGUUGAAGGUUGCUUUUUUAUCCUUCUGUAUUGAACCAAGAGUAUGUUUUCUUUUUUAUUUGUGCCCAUUUUGUGUCAGGUUUAUUAAUUUGCCUCUUUUUACUUCAUUCCCCCCCAGAAAUUGUGGCACUAGGCUGGUUUUCUGUUUGUUGGCCUAGUCUGAAUUCAUAUAAAGAUUAAACUUCCUUUUGGGAAGAGAGAUGUGGGGAAGAAGCAAGCCAGGGUAGCCGAAUCUUUCUGGUUUUCCAGUAAUCUGUCUUUUAUUCUCCGGUAGCCCUGAACAUACUUGAUAGUUUUUAUUAUGACUUGAACAAAUGCACAGAACAUGUUUAUAUUUAACCGAGAUUGGUGUUUUAUCACAAAAAGAGGCUUUCAAAGACCAGUUUCCCCUCUAAAAUGCUUAAUGUGUUGGUGUGCUGAUCUGGUCCUAAUGAUGGAAAUUGCAUUCAGUUGAUUUAUUCCAAUUUUAUUACUGAAAAGUGACCUUUGUUUAAUCCUACUUCUUUCCUUUCUGCAGAAAUGGAGCAGCGUAAGCAAUCCACUAUUUCUUCCGCUGAUUCCACCUCAGUCGCAAGGCUUCACUGCUAUUGUCCUGACCUAUGAUCGGGUUGAGAGCCUCUUUAGAGUCAUCACUGAAGUCUCAAAGGUGCCCAGCCUUUCAAAGUUGUUAGUAGUUUGGAACAACCAGAACAAAGUUCCACCAGAAGGUAAGUUGUGGGGAACCAAGCUCCUCCUAUGAGGUGACCCAUUUUCCCUUUACACCCUGGCUUGAAGUCAUGUCAUGCUGAAAACAGAAGAGCUUCCUUCAUAAGCAUGGGGAUGAUCCAAGCCAUGCCUGUGAAGGAACUCACUGGGGCUUGAAGUCACCUCUCAAACGCUGAUUGGCAGUGACUUAAAGCCUCUCUUCCAACAGGGAUCAAUUGCUCUCCAGAGUUCAUGAGUGUUGCUGAUUCUGGCAGGGCUUGCAUCUGGCCUCUAAAUUAAAAAGGCACUGAGUGCAAGCUCUGCUAAUCGUAGAACAAUCAGGAGCACCACUUUUAAGGUUCCUGAUUGUUCCUUAACAGCCACAUCUUGACCUGCGCCACAGUUGAUGUCAUAUACAAUGUUGGCUUGGAGGAAAUUGCCUCAUGAGCCAAAUUAGGACCACUGCUGUGCCUAACUAGGUCUGUGGUACCAAGGCUUCACAUACCUGCCUUAACAGCUUAAGCACAAUAUUCUUUGGAGCCUACUUUUGACCGUACUAUUGAGGAAGGAGAAGUAUUUUUUGUGAUUGUCCAUCAGUUGUGGAACUCUGUUAAGAACGCUGUGAAAGUUGAAGCCUUUGAAAAAUGUUGUGGAUACUGUACUUCACUGUUUAAUGGCUUUUAGUGCCCAGAUUUUAAGUAGAUGCGCAGUAAUGUGAAUUCCUAAAUGUAAUUUAAUUUCAGUAUAACCAUCUUGAGAAAAAGCAGAAUAGAAAUUAAAAUACAGUGGUUCAAGGCUCAAGUAUACUUGAUUCUAUAACUCCACAAAUUAUUUCUCUUCCCUUGUCUCCUUUUAAACAAGUUAUGCAACUUCCAUGUUCAGAUUUUCAAAAUCACAAAGUAGAUCACUUACUUGGCAAGUCGUGAAAUAUUACUAUAAAAGGAAAAUAUGCACUUAAAAUAAAAUAUUGGGUGCUGCUCUGUUCAGCUAUUAAGUCGAAAGCAACCACAGACUGUUUGCCAAUGGAAGUUUUCCUUCCCUGCCAGACCAUACUCAUGAAAAUACUGACCAAUUGUUUAAAAGCUAGGCUUCAUCUCAUGAAUGACUCUGGUGUGCCAGUGCUUAUUGCUUUUCCAAGCCCUAUUUGUUACCUUCAGUUCUCACUUCAUUGUACUCUUGUUCUUCUAAAUAGAGCAAAUCCUACCAAAAUUUAACAGUGAACCUUUUCAUGAACUUUAAUAUCAGUAUAUUUCAAAUGUCCCGUGAAAUUACUGCUUAGACCCUAGAAUGUUGUAUGCCAUCUCAACCAAACUGCAUGUUCAUCUACCAGUGAUGAGUAAAUGUUAAUUGACGGUUAGUGAAUUUCACUUUUUUGCUUUGAGGUAAUAGAAUUAUCAAGUGUAUAAUUUGAACAUUUCAUUUCUGCAUGAAGCCUGAUUUUGCUGAACUUCCCAUUGCUUGAAAUUCUCUAGAAUCUCAAAGUCAGAAUGUUUAACCCAGGGAUGCAGGCCUCCAGGACACUGUCAGGCCAUGCCCCCUCCCCAGCACUCUCUUUGAGUGCUUUUGCCUGGCCGAAUGUGCCUUUGAACUCUGUUAAUGCCUCUUGCUUGCCUGGAUGGAAGGAAAGGGUGUGGGUGUGGGUGUGGGUGUGUGUAUGUAGGUGUGUGUGUGUGUGUGUAAAAACCUCUGGCUUUUGCAUGGCUGAAAUUUAGUCUACUGUAUAAAGGUAAGAGUUUCAUCUGUUAUUCUUCUCCCAUAUGCUUCUGGGCCUGAUCACUUUUAUCUCUGGCCACACAUGCCACUGGCAUGUGGCCCCUGGAAGGCCACCCAUGAGGAACUGUGGCCUUCACGUUACCAGGUUCCCACAGCUAAUUUAACCCGUGGUCCUUUCGCAGUAUACAUUAAAUUGUGAGAAGUGGUGUUACAGGGAACCAGGCAGAGGGCCUUCUUGGUAGCCGUGCCCGCCCCGUGGAAUGCCUUCCCAUCAGAUGUCAAGGAAAUAAACAGCCAUCUGUCUUUUAGAAAACAUCUGAAGGCAGCCCUGUAUAGGGAAGUUUUAAAUGUUUGAUGUUUUACUGUGUCUGAUGUUUUAAUUUGUUGGGAGCUGCCCAGAGUGUUUGGGGCAACCCAAUCAGAUGGGUGGCAUAUAAAUAAUAAUAAUAAUAAUAAUAAUUAUUAUUAUUAUUAUUAUUAUUAUUAUUAUUAUUAAAAUAGAAAUGUGUGUUUCUUUCUUAAGAUCUGUUUUGAACAUAUAUUUCCAUUCCAAUAAACUAAACAAUAAAACGUACAUAUACCAAUAUAUAUUCCAACGUUUCUUGACGUAUUGCCCUUUGGUAUAAUAUGCAUGUGCCACAUAACUUUGUGUGCAGAAAAUGAAGGAUGCAGUUUAAGAGGUUGAGGAAGGGUAGGUAUUGACCUCUAGUAGUAGUAGAUGCCACCAAGCAGUGCUGGGUGGUAUAUCAAAUGAAACUUUCACCUUAGAAAUCCUCCCAAACUUGACAUGCUUAGUGGUGUACAGGGGGCAUACUGUGACCUGUUUGCUGAGUACUUAAAGGAUAAUUCCUUGUAGUUACUUCAGCCUGAAUGCUAAAAUUGUGCAGUGCAGUCUGGGAGCCGCUCGGAGCACUGUGCAGUCCUGUUUUGUGGUACGUGUUUUGAUUGCUAUGGCAUGAGGACAAAGACAAGGUGAUUAGAAGGGUCCAGCAUUAUGUACUAGCACAUCGUUCCUCUUGGCUUAUUACAUCUAACAGAAGGGGCUGUCUGCCUGGGUCCACAAAUGAAAGUGAUGAAAUACUCCAUGUUUGGAGUGGUCCCAGCUACCUUUAGAAUGGGCAGUUACAAGGUCACAUCUAAAGAGAGCCUCCCUGAAUUCUAAGUAUUGCAACAAGUACUGACUGGCUGUGAAAAAGCCCCUCUUCAGUAAAGUGCACAAGUGGCUGCUUGUCAGCUCCAAGCCCUUUUGGAAGAUUAUUUGAAUCCAUUUUAACCUGAAUCCCUGAUUGUGAACUGCUUUUACAGCACUUGAGUGCUGAGAGUACAGGUUAUAAUGGCCUACAACGAAUAAACCCUGUGGCCCAUUGUGCUUGCUUAUGGAUCUCUAGUCAAAGACAGUCAAAGCUAAAGUGAUCGCACCAGCCAUAACUUGCUGAGUAACCAUGGAUUGGAUAUGCUGCCAAGCUAGGAGGAAGACGGAGUAACUUGCUGCCCACUCUUACCUUCCACACUUGAGCAUAUGCCUUGAACCUGCUACACUCCAGUUUUCUUGGCGAAGAAGUCACUGACUGCCUACUGCUGUUCACCAGAACUUCUCAGAAUCAUUGGCCAGCUUGGGAUAAAGAAAAGGGCAUGGCAUGUUGCACCCUUCUCCGCAGCCCAGACCAAGCUCCAACAGUUGCUUUAGGAGUGGAGAUUUAUUUAGGGGUCCAUCCUCCUCCAGUGCUCUCUCCUUUUUGUUUGUUUCUUUCUAGCAACUGGACAAAAGAAUAGUGAAGGAGUAUAAUAAUAAUAAUAAUAAUAAUAAUAAUAAAUAAAUUUUAUUUAUAUCCCGCCCUCCCUGGCCGAAGCCGGGCUCAGGGCGGCUAACAACACUAAAAUAGUGCAACAUUAUAAAAACAUUAUAAAAAUUAAUUAAAAUCAAAAUUGAUGGCAACCAUAAACUAAAGUUUUGUAAAGAUUGCCAAAGGAGGGAGUCAGGCUGCGCCCUGACCAAAGGCCUGCUGGAACAGCUCUGACUUGCAGGCCCUGCGGAAAGAUGUCAAGUCCUGCAGGGCCCUUGUCUCUUGUGACAGAGGUUGGAGCCGCAGCCGAAAAAGCCCUGGCUCUAGUUGAGGCCAGCCUAACCUCUCUGUGGCCUGGGACCUUCAAGAUGUAUGGGAUCCGGAUCCCUCUCUUUGUGUUUCUUGAGGAAGAGAAGUUGUGCGAGGGAAGUUAGAAGUAGGUGGGGGUUCAUAUCUUCAUACAUACACGUAUACACACAGAAUUGUGUGUGUUGCCCUGUCCAAGUUCACACACUGAUUUCUGGGUGUGUGUUUCUACUUUCUAGUUAUAUAAAUAAAAACAUGCACUUUCUUUCUAGUACUUUGAGCUGUUGUGCUUUUAGUGUGUCAAAGAGAUAGAAUACUAGAAAUGAUUUGGGGUAGAAAGGGGUUGAUUAUGUGAACACUGAUUGGUCAGUUGAUUACUGGUCAGCUUUAUCUGAUGCAUGUAGUUCAUAGAUACUGAAAUAUUUUGCAUUUGGGUGAAAUAUUUUUGUACCUUUGAAUAAAAGAAGCCUGUCUGAAGCUUUGUGAUAAAAUGUAUGUGUCCUGCCUCUUGAGAGCAGAACAAUCAUUGGGUUUCUUAAGCUCACAUGGCUUCUUACCAUCUCUCCCCUGUGUGUGUACAUGUUUGUUUAUUUAAUCCUGAGAUUUGGAUGAAGCCAAAUUAUUUGAUAGCAAAAUUGUCAUGGCCAAGUAGUAUUUCACUAUUUUUAAACUUUAAACUCUGUUCAUUGUAGCAGAUCAUUAUAUAACCCUUUUUCAUUGAUAUACUGUUGAAAAUAUAUUACGUUGUUGACAUGAAAAAUAAUUGGCCCUGAAGGUCAUAGGUUUGUUUCCUUACUGAGACUUAGUUAUUUAGCUUUACUUUCUAAUAGGUACGUAUUUUAAUAACUUUCUUAUGUGACCGCCAGCUACCCCCUUCAUCUAUGUAUUUUUAACACUUGGAUAGGUUGUGGAAUGUCCUGGUCCGCUGUCGAGGGGUUUAAUUUAAUUUGUUUUAAUUCAAAUGCAUACAGUUCGUUCCACCUAGCUCUUUGGUAGGAUAGCAGAACUUGGUUUCACUAAGUCUUUCAUUCAGUCUGUCUAUUACGGCUCCUAAUCCUUGGACUUCAAAGCUUCUGCCAUUUAUAGCCUAUUAAAGCCAGGAAGUUUCUGAUGGAUUAGGACAAGGAAUGAGUUUGAAGUUAGUAAUGCACACCGCUGUCAACGAUAAGGUCUAGUUUAUUACCCUACGGUAGUAUCUGCACAUUUAUGGCUAUUCUCUUUUAAUUGGUUAUAGUAAAGCUGGGACCAUUAACCUGGUUGAGUAUCAAAUGUAGGAUAUCCUGGCCAGUGCUGUAUAGGGAACACAUUUCUGGCUUUGAGCAAAGUCAGGUACGUUUUCUGUUAUUUGAACCAGUUGUAUUUUUGAUAUACAUUAAUGGGAACUAGAAAGAGAACAUCAAAGGUAAUUUUUGCUCAUGAUGGCCCUACAGUAAAUUCAGAUUUGAAAUUGGCUCUUAAUAUUGGCUACCGCAUCGGUGGAUAUAAAGGCAGUUAGCUUAUCCACCUCUCCCCACAAUUCCCCAUUGAUGGCGCCAUAGUAACUGUGUAAAGUCAUCUCUCUUUAUGUAUUACCAAUUCUCAAUUUGUAACUUGGUUGUAUAAUAAAAAAUAUUGUAAGCCUUUGCUACAGGCUUACAAAAAUUAAAAGGAAAUAAACUGAACUCGUGCCAGUGUUCACUGUAAGAGUGUAAAGUUACAGGCAAGUUUGAAGCCCCCACCCUAGUAUCUUAAUGAUUACCUGACAUUUCUGAAGUGUGCUUCUUCUGUUUUAUUUUAAAAUGAAACAAUACUAACAAACAUGUUGCAAGAUUGUAAAUCGUGUAAAUUGAAGUCAGGCAUAAUGUGUGUGACAUAGCAUGAAACUAUUAACUGCACAAAAUCUAGAACUUGUGCUCUUCCACCUUGGUCCUUAGAAGCUCAGGGAACUAUAAUUGUAGUAAAAUCCAGAAAUUAACAAAAACAGGUUGUUUCCAUUCACAAAGGUAGCAACGCUAGACUCCCCAGCUCAAGAAUUGGUUUCUGAAUAAAGAAUCAGGAGGACCUUUCUGAGCUGUAUUGCGUGCAGCUGCAACAUAAGGUCUACUGCAUUCUUACAACUGAAAGAUCUUUCCAAUCUGGGUUCAGGCCUGGCUAAGGAACUGAGUCAGCCUUGGUCGCCCUGAUGAAUGACCUUUGCAGAGUGCAGGGCAGGGGGAGUGUGACAUUGCACCUGCUUCUUGAUCUCUUCUUGGCAUUUGAUCCCUUCAACCAUGGUAUCGUCUUUGACUGGCUCUAGGGAAUGGGAAUUGGGGGCACUGUAUUACAGUGGCUCCAAUCCUACCUUCGGGACCGAGUCCAGAGCGUAGCAUUUGUAGAGUGCCUUUCUGGCCCCUGGCAGCUACAUUCUGGGGUAUCGCAGGGGACUAUCUUAUCUCUGAUGCUAUUUAAUAUCUACAUGAAGCCGUUGGGAAGUGGUCCUUGGGAGUUUCAGGGCAAGGUGCUAUCAGUAUGCUGAUGACACUCAGCUCUGUUUCUCCAUAACAUCUGAAUCAUCCAUGGUGAAAUGGAUGAGGGUUAGAAAAGCUGAGCUUGAAUCAUGGCAAGACAAUGGCAGUGUGGAUGAGUAGCUCCAUUGUCUGAGAAAUUGGUCAGUUGCCUGCCCUGGAUGGGGUUGCACUCCCCUCUGAAGGAGCGGGUUCACAGUCUGGGUUGCUUCUGGAUCUAUCUGCCACUGGAUGCUCAGGUAGCCUCAGUAGCUAUAAGUGCCUUUUACCAACUGUGGGUGGUUCCACAGCUACAGCCAUUCCUCAACCAGGAAAGCCUUGCCACCGUAGUUCAUGCACUAGUUACUUCAGGAAUAGAUUAUUGCAGUGCACUCUUAUGUGGGGCUUCCUUCACAAAUUAAUCUGGAAGCUGCAGUUAGUUCAAGAUGCUGCAGCACAACUGCUGACGGGAGUGAGGCCUUGUCAGCAUUUACACAUGUGCUCAGAGAUCUGCAUUGGUUGCCAAUUUGCUACCGGACCAAGUUCAAGGUGUUAACAUUAGCACAUAAAGCCCAUAACAAGUUGGGACCAGUUUACCUAUGAGGUCGCCUUAUGCCACAUCUGCCCACUCGACCACUUCGAUCAGCAGAAUUGGCACUACUACAGGUGCCCCGUAACACCUGUUCUACAUUUAAAAGAACUUGAUCAUUUAGUGUGGCAGUGUCCACACUUUGCAACGAUUUUAAUCUGUUUUAGUAUUUUAACUUUUGUAUGUUUUAAAGUAGGGUUUUCUUGAUUUUACUGUUUUAUCUUUUGAGGGGUAUUUUGUUUUUGUUUCUUUUGUUUUUUAAAUCCCAAUCAAGUGUUUUAUCAAUUUUAUGAAAUAAGUAAAAAAAAUAAUGAAUGAAUCCAGAAGUGUCAGCUUACAGUAUCACAUCUUUCAGAAAGCCAUAAAUGCUCUCUCAUCGGAGUAUUAAAGAGCUUUUGAGGGCUAUUGGCUGCAUGUAUGUAAAUAGAUAGUUAGACAUCAUUAGCAGAGUGUUCAGUGUGUAAGGAGGAUUGUCAGCUCAGCCAGAGUGCCAACAAAUGCAUAUGACUUGCACAUAGGAUAUUAAUUUUAAAAAAGAGACUGCUUGGAAGCUUUGCAGUGUUAUAGGAGAAACUGAUGUUUUUCACUUAGUCUGCAUUUGCUAAAAUAAAUAUUGUGGUCUAAAUGUCUGCUGCUAGAAAUAUUUGUGUAGGCAGAAACAUUAUUAUAAUUCUCCCUUCUUAUCCAAUAACUUUUCAUUAACAUUUAACUCUAAACUGAUGGUUUUUAAGCUCAAGAAAAUUAUGCAGACUGGGUAAAAGUUACAAUAUUAAGAGUUGAUCUCGUUUCCACUGCUAUUGCCACACCAUAUUCUACAACUUGAAAUUGCUGUCACCUCCAUAGCAUCCUCACUUCACUAUUGGUAGUUAUACCUAUAUGACAUUUAGAUAACACAUGAAUCUCUAACACAAUUUAUUCCUGCUCCUUAGCAAUGCUGACAGUAGAAGGAUAUUAAUUUAGUGAGCUUAUCUCUAUUUAGAUGCAAUGCAAAAAAUAAAAAAUAAAAAAGUUUCCUUUUUCAAUCUGAAAUGAUGCACAACCUGCUAAAGAUGGAUAUCUAUCUGUCUAUCCCAGACUUCCCUUAAAGAACGUGGGGGUGACACAUCUGGCCUUAGCCUGUUUCUUCUCACUAUGACCUUUUGAGGUAAAACUAAACUAAGAUAGUGCCUUAGGUCACCCAGUUCAGUAAACAGGAUCUGUCUGUUAAUUUCUUGCAAUUGUUUGGAGUUAAGGAAAUAUACAAAAACAUACAAAAAUUAAAUUGUCUACUACUGAGAGCGACUAGAAUUUUUGUUUGGGUAAGGAACUUAUAUUUAGGUCAUCACAGUGUCACAGAACAUGGCUCUAGAAAGCCACCAUUUCCUCCUCUCAUCUUCUCUUGUGUCUCACUAGAUACUCACAUGGCUCCGUUCCUCUUCCAUCUCAUCUGAUUCAUACCUAGCCUUUUCUGGAGUGUAUACCUUAUUGCCCCUCUCUGUAGCUUGCGUGUAUUUGUGUACACGCAAAGUGUGUAUUCUGCCACUGAACCAAGGCCUCACUAAGAGUGCUAGUAAGAAUUAAUUAUAUAAAACAUUUUUUAGUUUUAACAAGGGCCACCUUGGAGUAGGAAACUGAAAUGAUUAUAUUUCCAAAACCUCUCACUCUGUAUUUCUUGUUUCUUUUGCUCAUCUGGGCCAAUUCCGCCUUUCUUAAAACCCCUCCAAGGUAAACUUUCUUUUCAUAGUUGUUUAGUGUGGUUUGGAAAGGGGUACAGUUUUCCUAAGGAAGCUGUCUCAGGUAUUAUGUUUGGAUGCCAGCAUCUGAAGUGUGCAGAACUUUAUAUGUUCUUUUGGAGUACUCUGUAAACUAUGAAAUCAGACUCUCCUAGCAGUGAAAAUGGACAUCUGACCAUAAUCUCCAUCAACUGUGUUUUCAGGAAACAGAGAUGUUUUCAUGUACAUCUCUUUUAUGUGUACCUACUAAUACCAUAUGAUGUCAGUCACAGAGCAGUGAAAGGGAUCUCUUAGGCCUGAUAUCAGUGCCACAGUACUAAGAUCAGAGAGAAUGUCUCCUUGUGAGUAAAAGGCAGGAGAGGGAUCUCUUGUCUGGUCUUAGUGCCAAGCACCACAGUGCCAUGAUUGGCAAUGAGCCCUCUGCCUGCCUUUUCUGUAAAGUGCAGGCAGAGGGUUCUUUCCAGUUACCCCCUUCUCCCAGAUCUGGAGUGGAGAGGGCUGGGAGUACCGAGUGAGUUACUGACCUGCUUGCCUGAUGUGUUGGAGUGCAUGUAUGAGUGUUAGAGAGUGCUGAGUGCUUGGUGUCUGGUGAUGUGUAUUUGUAACAAAGGGAAGAUAGGGGUACAUACUUUUUUCCCCUUUUUGGGGGGGUUGUCCCAUCUACUUUUGCCCCAUCAGUCAUUGGAAUGUGUGCAUGCAAACGCACGCACGCACCCAGAGAGAGAGAGAGAGAGAGAGAGAAAAGUAUGGUUUCCCCACCCCUGUAUUAAAUAAUGAUGUAUGUUCUUAAUGCUAGUAGUAUUCAAAGUCGUACCUGUAUGUCAAGGUUGUUUGAAUUAAUUGGAGUGUCGGAAUGCAUUGGAUGAAGUUCAGUGUUGUGCAGUUAUAAAUGUUGCAUCAGUGCAAGCAUAUCAGCUUGCGAGACAAAAUUAUUCCCUCUCCCCUCUCACUGCAUGCUGUUCUGGGGUUCUCCCACAGCCAUUUGUGAGAGGAGGAGAGGGGGGAACAGUCCCAUUGUGCAAGCAGACAUCCAUGCGUAGGGCUUCCACUGAUAGGGUUUGUCAAGUGAAUCCUUCCCAUAGUUUAAUUGUCCUGCUGUACUCAUGGCCUAGUACAUCCAUAGAGCACAAGGACUUGAUUGGGGGAUGGGGGGGAGGUGUAAUAAAACUGCAGAUGAGAUACAGCAAAAAUGCAAAUAAAAUCUUAGAUUUUGUUCUUCUUCACAGAAACUGUUUGGCCGAAAGUUCGAGUGCCACUAAAGGUUGUACGGACCACAGAAAACAAGUUGAGUAACCGCUUCUUCCCCUAUAAUGAGAUUGAAACGGAAGCAGUGUUGGCCAUUGAUGAUGACAUAAUCAUGUUGACAUCAGAUGAGCUGCAGUUUGGUUAUGAGGUAAGACGGCUUCUGCUUUUUGCAUGACUUGAGUUGAUUGAGUUAAAUGCUUCUGGGGACAAAUCCUCAGCUAAAAUGUUCUUAACCUUCAAGUAGUGCCAUGAUGCAUAAUCAGCAUAAAGUUCUUGCAGCUAUCCAAGAAAUGUUGUUAAUCUUCAGAAAAUAUUAUCUUUGCAUUUUGCUGCCCUUGCUCCCCAGCAUGGAGGGAGGAUUAGUUAUAGUUCUUUUCCAACUCAUGUGCAAGGUUAGCACAUAAAGAUGUGUGCCAGAGAGCCUGAAAGAUGAAACUCUUGGACAGAAGCAGAGGGGAAACUAUAUUUGUAUUUCUCUCAUGAUGCUUUUUGGGGAUUUCCAAAACCUGUCUUUCUGUGUUGCCCGUUUAGUCUUCUACUAUAAGCAAAAGUUUGUCUACAGCACAUUGGAUGAUUAGUAUGACAUAGGCCUCCCCAAAAUGCUCAGGACAGCUUAAAUUAAAAUAGAAACAAAUUAAAUAUACAAUAACCAUAGGAAUGAUACCAUAAAAUAUGAAGCAGCAUGAAAAUAAGUCAAGAGCAGAAAAUAAAACAGCACAUUCCACAACCAGGAUGCUACCACUGAAAAGGCCCUAUAACCACCUGCCACACCCUACCUGGCAGGAGUCCCUGGAGAAGGGAUUCGAAGAUCCUGGAGUGACUGCUACAGCUAUUACUAGCCCUCAUCCAACCCACCACCAUGUCUAGAUACUGGUUUAGGACUUGCAUGGCCACACAACAAAUUUCCUAAAGAUCAUCCCCAACAGCUUCAUAUUGGGGGUGUGAGUGUGCCCAGCAGUACUUCACAACACAGCUGCCUGUGGCAAUCACCCAGUACCAUUCUCUGAAACUAACCCCAUAGAUAGGAGCCAGACCACAGAGUCUGUCCAGGAUGAUGCCAUCAAAAGGAACUAAGAGCUAAACCAGAAGCAACAGGGUCACACUCCCCUUAUUCUUAUCUCGAUAAUGGUCAUCAGUCAAGGUGACCAAGAGCAGUGCAGUCCUGUCACCAGGCCUGAACACAAACUGAUAAAAGGUAUAGAAAAUCUGUAUAACUUACAACCCUAUUGAGACUCUUCUCCUCCCAAAAGAACAUUAGCAUCCAGGUGGUAGCCAGGAUGAGCGAAGAUCGAGAGAGUACAUGCUGAUUGCAUUGUUGCCAGUACCUGUUGGCACUGCUGUUGGCAGUGUCAUCAGGCCACGUUAAUUUUGUGGUGCCCUCCAAGGGUGAGGUUCACCACUCCUGGAGUUCAGCAUUGUGGAAGCUAUAGAAAUCAAAGAAGUUGACAGUGCUGAACGUUACAGAAUAAUUUAGGAAAAGUCAUUGGUUUUGGCUGGAAGUUGAAGGUGUGAGAGGAGAAGAUGAACUCAUGUCAGAAAGCUUGUUUUUCCUUUAAGUGUGCAGGUUUGUUUGUUUUUUUAAUAAGGGGGAUAUUGUUUUAAGUGGCAGAGAGGGGAAUGAGAUGGUCUGGAUCCUCAAGUAAGAAACUAAGGAAGAAUUAGAAAGGAGUGGGUGAAAUAACAGUAGCUUAGUACAAAAGUGCUCUUUAGAUUUUCUCCAUAAUCAUGAAGAAUAAGCUUAAGACAGUUGACAUUAUAUGGAGUUGGUUUGACAAUUGAAAUACUGACUUAAACAAUAAUAAAAUAUAUGUGGAAAAAAGAGAUUUAAGUAUGCCAUAUGUGUCUCCAGACAGGGAGGUUCUCCCAUGGGGAUUAGCAGUUAUAUGAGCAGCCGAGCUUAUAUUUUCUUCUUUUGGGGAAACAUGGAGGAUGGAAGGUUACACUCAAACAGGAAUGUGGACAAGUACAGAACUGCUCUGUAUUCACAAUGGAAGGCUAGACAAAUGAACAUGCAGCCUGCUCUGGUUCAGAACACACCAGGAAGGACAGAGGAUAAGUUUUCCUUUGACACAUAAGCUUUCAGAAAGAAGAGAGAUCUUGACAUGGGACUGCUUUCAAAUAAGCAGUUUCCUUGGGCAAGUCUCCAAGAGGACUGUGGCAUGUUGGUUUGAAUAGACUUGGCUAAAUAAUCUCAUGUGUCUGGACUGCUGGCAAAGGGCAUGGUCAGCUGUAAUCUGGGGAAUUGGCUGGAGUAUCUGUAUAUGCGUUGUUUUUGUGUACUUGAAGAAUUUGCAUUCUAAGUGUGGCUUAGAUUCGGUAAAUCAAAACUUACAACAAAUUGUAAUAAUAUAGACCAUUUAGGAGAGGAGGAUAUAAAGGUAAAAUUUGUUAAGAAAAAUCUGGGAGAAUGCAAGAACCAUCAGUGACUUGGCAGGCCAAAUGCCUAUUAUUGAAAUAGAAAGGUGGCAAAAAGCCAUAAAGAAGGGUGCAAAAUAAGCCCCCUAAGGAUGCCCACUAGGAACGUGCUCUGAUGUGUCCCAACCAGCCAUAUCUCUGAUGUUGGGACUCGGAGGACCUUGGACAAGGGCAGGAGGAAGCUGCAGCUCAUAUUUCUCUUUAAACGUAAGAACAUCAGAAAUUAUACCAAACACGCACUGACCACUCUUUCCAUAUAUAGAUCACUUCACAGUGGCUCAUGUUAAAGAGGCUAAGUUAGUUUCUCAAGGCAAUAUAGUGAUUCAGUGACUGAACUGGGGAUCUGUAACUCCCAGUCCCACAUUUGAACUUCAGGGUCCAUUUUACCUAGUUUGCCUGACUUAUGUUGGCCAGAUGCUUGGAUUGUGGAACUGCCUGAAUAACAGCCUGGAUAGUCUUUGUGUGAAUUUGCUGCCAUUUGGACAGAGCUUCCUCUGAUUUGGCAGACACAUCUGAGUCUUGCAAAAGCUGUUUUCCUCUUAGUGUGUUUAAAAUAGUAAUAAUCACAACAGCCACCAAUUUAUAGAAUAAUUGUAGAAUCCAGGGCAAUGCCAUACAUGUGGGAUAGAAAAGAGCCCUAAAACAUAUCUGUUUUAGCACAACCAUGCUAAUUUUUAAUAUUAACCGGGGAGGCAGGAGGGAACUGAAUCAAACAUCCAGAGUGUGGCAGUUCCUUUUUUAUGCUGUUUCCUCUAUAAGAGCAUGAGGGGAAGUGUGUAUAAAUGCAGUUCCUACCUUUAACCCGCAAAUCAGUGACUGCAGAUCAAUCUUCCCUGGGCCAGAGUGUCUUUGACUUGCUUGACAGGCCUGAGCUGGCUACCAGAUGUUUAACUUGUCCUCGGCCUGUGGUAAUUUAUUUAUCUGUUUAUGUAUUUCACCAAGAAAGUAUCUGUUGCAUUUCUGAGCAGUUUGCAAGGGAAUUCUGAGGGAACAGUAGCAACAUAUAAUGUUACCAGGAGGGUUUCUUUUUUAAGUGUCUUGCUUCAGUCAGGAGAAACAUUUGGAAACGUGAUGUUGGUAACGUUCUUCCUCUGCUUAUUCUCCAGACCUUGUUUAAACAUGUGGCUGAACUUUCUAGCAGCACAGACUUGUCUGGCUGUAUCGAUUAGGCUCUUUUUAUAAAAAGAAGAAGAGAAGGGGGGUUACUUUGAUCUCUGUACACUUUCAGCCAUAAAAAUUAAAGUAACACUCAAAAGUGUCAGACAUUUUUUUUACUUGUUAAAAGUGAACUAUUAGGGUCCCUAAUGAUUUAUUGCAUGGUGCAAAACUACUGAAGCAAGAGCAAUAUAGCCCCUAUGUGCUGUUUAAUUUAAGGAGGCAUGCGAAUAUCUACAGCUCUGUGACUUGAAGUGGAAGCUUUGUGAGAAGUAAGAGGACAGCUUUUCAGCAUUGUGUUGACAGAAGUACUGACAGAUAGUGUUCUGUGCUCUUAAACAGUUAGGACUAUACAACAUUUCUACCCAUUCAUCAGCUGUUUCUGUUCCCCUUACAAGAAAGAUAAAAGCAAAAGAGCAAAGAAAUGUAACAUGGAUUCAGCUGAACAUAAUUUUUGAAAAUGAAGGCGAAGCAGACCGGUCUUGCUCUAAACCACAUUUUUCAUUUUCAGCCUUUAUGCAGCUGGAAGCUACCUUUCUUUAACCAUGACGUGGUUGUGUUUAAAAUUUGUUUCUUUGUGUCCCAAAAUAUACAUUUAAUAUCAAUUGUAGUGCUUAUGAAUCUCUCUGUUUAUCUCUCUGUGUUGGGAAUUGUCGGUCUUAUGUUCUUUGUGAGAAGCCAGUGGUUUCAGCUCUGCCUGCUUCUGUACACUGCUGAAAAAGAGGGAUAACUCUUGCUUGUUCUUGUAGCCCAGCUUGCUUGUAAAACCAACACACAGGGGGCGACAGGCAUGCUAAGCUCUACCCCCAUCACUGUGACUAUAUUCCUUGUCCAAGACUUGGAAGGCAACCUCCCAAAGUGGAGAUCCUCAUGCGCUCAUGGCGUCUCCCCACAGAGUUUAGAACCCUGAAAGAGCCAUGGUGGCGAUAAGGGGGAACUUACUGUGCUCAUCCCUGCUUCCUUAUGAGCUCUACAUGUGAAUAGAAUGCCUGAGGCAGGCUUAUGUUUCGCAUUGAUGAUAAAUGCUAAGUGCCUGUUGAGGCUGAGCAAAGAUUUCUGCUCUUCUUGCCGUUUAAGGUUUAACUUGGCACACUUCCUGUAUAUUAAUAGAAAAACAAGUCAGGCGUGGGGCAAAGCCAAAGUGUCAGCUAGGUAUGGAAAAAUGUUUGGCUGCUGCUGUUGUCGUUUUUACCUAGUUCUAAUGCUCUUCGACAUGUAGUUGCUGGACUUACACUUUGCCAUUCUUCUGCUACGGUAAUAAAGCGAGCACUAUGUCCUAUAUGAGCAACAGCUGUUUUCCCUAUUAAUCUAAAGUUUAGGCUCAAAACUUUCCUAUGAGUAUAUUUUCUUAACUGUUCAUAGAAGAAUGUAUGCUGUCUUCAACAUAUGAGCAUGUGAUUACCUUUAUAUGUGGUCACCAGUUAGCAAUAAAACAGAGACUAAGACUGCCUUUAUCACCCAUUCUAGCUCAAUCUUUAUGCAUUUCUGGUCAUGAAACUGUGGUUUGGAGGCAAGGAAUGUGAUGUCUGAAUGGAACCUGGGUUUUGCCUCUGUUCCUAACUUAGAAGUAGUAAAUAGCCCAUCCUUUCGGGAGCCUCUCAUUUCUUCUCCAUCAUUGUAUUAUACAUAAGUAUGUUUUGGGUGCUUCAGAGCAGAAGAAAGGUGGAACAACUCCAGCAUCUCAGGGUAAUUUUAAGAUAAUUUAUGAAUAAAUCAAUUUAUAAGCUAUACUACAGGCCUCCUUAUAUUUCAAAGCUAAAUUAGAUUAGCUUUAUCAUACUUAUACAAGCAACUUGUAUAAUUUUUCUGAAAUAAUAUAAUUUAGCACGAUAAGCCUUAAAAUGUUUUUAUUUCAAUUUCACUGCCUGGUUCCUUCCUCUGCUUCUGUUUAUUAGACAUACUUCAGUUUACAUCAGAGUGUUGUGAUGUUCGUAGUCUCUAAUACAUGCACUAUGCCAGUCAGCUGAAACUGUCUUCACAGCUGAACCUGCCUAUUUUCAGCUUUCUUCCCCAGUCUCUCUUUAACCAUUAUCUCUUCUCUUCCCCUAUAGCUGUCCUUUUCAACCCUCCCCCACCUCCAAGUUUUUCCCUUAAGUUUCCUGUCUGGCCUCUCAUUAUCUGAUCUGCCUUUAUGGCACAACACUUCUGCACUGGUAGGUGCAAAGAGUUGCAAACUCAGUGACACUGUAGCAACACUUCUGCAGGGCAAAGAAAAAGAUGGGACAUCAUAGAGACUGCAAGGAGAGCUGCUCGCCAUUUUGCAUUAUAGGUCUUUCCAUAGGGUCAGAAAUAAGGGACUGAUGCUAGAACCUUGGACAAUGCCAACAAAAUAAAAAAUAAGGGUAGAGAAGAGGGGAAAGCCACCAAAAGAAUGUUUGGAAAAUGUUUGAGAAAUGAAACCAGGCCAGGUUUGAGCUGUGAAACCCCAGAUUCUGUGGCACUAAUGUAUGACUGACAGCAUUAAAAGCAGGGAGAAAGAAGGAACCGAAAAGCAGAAAGACAGGGUGAGAAUCUUUGGGUUUGACAAGUAAGAUUCUUGUGUAAGAUUCUUGUGCAUUUUCAUCAGAACUGUCUUGGUUGAAUUAUCGGGAUGUAAACCAUAUGAAAUAAGUCAAGAAGCAUUUAUCAGAGUGAAAAUGGAGACACCAAAUGUAGACUGACCACAUGAGAAGUUAGCUAGCUCUUCCAUUGUUUCUGAUGUUUUGACUGUGAUCUGUCAAAACCGAUCCACACAUUAUGUGGCAGUCAUGUUUAAUGUGAAUACACUGGUGAUCACAAUGUUUAAUGUGGUGAGCACUCAGAAGUGUCAAGGCGGAGAUGCACAUCUCCUGUCACUUGUGGGUAAUAGUGGAGAUGAAUUACCAUUGGUACAUAUAUAAGAACAUAAGAAGAUCCCUGCUGGAUCAGACCAAAAGCUCCAUCAAGUCCAGCAUUUGGCAGUGGCCAGGCAGAUGUUUCUAGGAAGCUUACAAGCAGGUUAUGCCAGAAACAUCCCUCUCUUGCUAUUACAGAUCAAACUACUUGCCCAGCAUUGCCUAGUCUGACUUGUUUGACUUCCUGUGGUCCUUCAGGGACUCUAGACGAGGUCUUUGCCAUCACCUGCUAUCUGACAUCCUUAAAUGGAGAUGCUACGGCUUGACCCUGGGACUUGCCUGAUGUUGAGCGUGUGCUCUUCCACUGAGUAUGCUCCCUCUGCAGAAACUGCUAUUCAGUGGCGUACUGCCUCUCAGUAUUUACUUAUAGGCAUACACAACUUCUUCCGUGCUUUACAGUGCUCACUGUAGUGAACAGUGGUACGUAGGUGAAGCACACCUGUCACAUUAUCCCUAAAAUGUCUGAUUAGUGCCAGUAGCAUUGCUUGUGCCAAGCAAGAGAAGCACCCAUGUUAUUUUCAAAUGUUCACACAUACACAUACGUUUUGUGUAUGUGUGAAUUGUAACCACAGAUAACUAAACAAUGCACUUCACAGAUAGAACUUCCUCUGUCUUUAAAUGGCCUACCUGCAAUUUGUACCACCGUAUUAUUGGGCACGCGCAUCUUUCCUUUCCUGCUCACUCCGGGAAAUGUGUCUUUGAGUAAUGUAGCCAGCACUGUAUGUAAGGGGUGUAUUAAUGAUGACUUGUCCCUAUUCUUGUCAGCUUGUGUUUUGAUCUGGUAGUCGCUAGCAGAGUAAUGAAGUGAUAGGAAUAAGCAUCUUGAUUGUAUCCAGGUGCCAGGAACAAGGCAAGUGGAAAGAAACUGUAGCAGUACUGCUACCAAAGCACCUAGAAAGUUGUUGAAAAACAUAAAAAAGUUCUCAUGUAUGUCCAAAAGUGACUUGAGCCACACUAGGAAAUGAUUCAUACAAAACUACUAGAUUUUACUAGAUUCGUCCAUAUAAAAACUGUUCACCUCAUGAUCAAAGCAUUUGUCUUAACCCGCCUGCCCAAAGUCUAAACAUGAAAGCUGAAAUUGUUUUUUGUUUAUUUUUGUAAUAAUAAGCCAUAUUUGCACAAACAUUUUUUUUGCAUUUUCGAAAGUGCAUAUUGUAUGAAGUACUCUUUGUGAAGAUUUAUUGUUUCAGAUUACUGUGUCACUAGGAUAUUAUUUUUUUACUCACUCCAAAUGCAGUAUCACAAACUGUCACUGUGGUCACUGACUGAAAUGAAAAACAGUCAUAUCUGAAGCUGUUUGGGGGAGCAUAUGGUAGGUGAAAGGAAUUGAAGAAAGUGAAAUAGGCUGUCAGGAAAGACUUUUGUAUGAAUCAACCAUUUAAUCUCCAAUAAUCCUUUUGCAAGGGAAAUGAAAGCAGAUGACUGCUUAACACAGCUCAAGAAAACAACCUAAAUGUUUCGAAGACACUUGGUUAUAACAUCCCAUAAGGAUGACAGGCUGCCUGAAGAGUCUUGAUCCCUGUACUAUAUUGAUGUACAGUAGAGUGAUAUUUAGCAGCCAAUGCCAGGUUGACAGAGGGACAACUGAAAGUUGGCUAUAGACCAGAAUUGGGCAAGGAGGAGCAGCAGUGCUGAUGCCACAGUAGGAGGUGGGGGCACACCCACCAUUCCCACAAGAACAGAUAUAAUAGUAGUAGUAGUAGUAGUAACAACUGCUUUCAGAAAGGCCCAAGGAGAGAGCAGCUGCUGAAGCAAACAUCACAAAAUGGGAAGGGGAAGGUUGGUCAGGGGAGUUCUGAUUUACACCAUUGUAACCUGUGGCAGACACUCUGUAUUUAUCUAUAACUGUUAUUUUCUGGGUCCAGCUUUUUGGCGAAUACCGUUAGCAUAACACCUCAGUUAUACUCUGCAGGUAUGGAGAGAGUUCCCUGACCGGCUUGUCGGAUAUCCUGGUCGCCUACAUUUGUGGGACCAUGAAACAAGCAAGUGGAAAUAUGAGUCGGAGUGGACCAAUGAAGUUUCAAUGGUGCUCACAGGAGCAGCGUUUUACCACAAGGUAAGAAGUGACAUAAUUCUGAAGUAGUGGGUUUGCAUGUGGCAUAGGGACAGAGCCUUGUAUGUCAGUAGUGGAUGGUAGACACGUUAUAGCAUAAUGCAGGCGUCGGUGAUCUUCCUCUGAUGUGCUGGUAAAGGCAGAUAUGAAGGCGAAAGAAGCCACAUUCUGUUGGUGGAUCCCUUGGAAUAAAUUGUCUAUCUGUUUGGAAUAUUUGGAUACAGACUCAGAGGUAUAAUGUUACGGGUUUUUCAGCAGAGGGGAAGGGCUAAUAUGUUUGCAUACAAGUGGCUAUUUUUAUUCAUCUCUGCCCUUGAAUGGCACAUUCCAUAUUUUAAAAAUGUUUUUGAAAGAUUCAUUGAUUUGAAAGAAGUUCACCGUGUGACAUUAGGAAGGCUGUGUUUGAGUAGCUCAAGCCCAGACAUUUCAUGGCCAUGUGGUACUUGUUCUUUGGAUCUAGGCUACUGGCACAAAUAAGAUUAUCAGAAAAGGUUUUGAGCGACAUUUACAGUGGAAUGAUGAGGUAAUGCUUGUGUUUCCGGAAGCCACGCCUUGGUUUCUGAAUGUUUCGGAAGUCGAAUAGACUUCCGGAACGCAUUCUGUUCGAAAACCAAGGCACGACUGUAGUUGGUCCAGCGAGUUCAAAUUGCGGCUUUCCGUUUUAAAAUGCCAUGUUGGAUCAAGUAUCUAAGCUACUGAAGAGAUUAGGGAAUAGCACAGUGGGGUGGGAAUACAUGUUGGGCAUGAUACACCUCUAGUGGAGUUGUAUCUUCGGGGCUGCCUGCUCCCAUGUACCUGCUUGUGUACUGCACUAAUCCUCACAAGUCCUUCUCCAGUUGCCCCCAUAGUGGUGACCAAUGACAGCCUUUCCAGUAGUGGCAUGCCCAUCUUUGGAAUACAUUCCUUUAGCGCCCACUCUCUCUGUGGCACCAGGCAAGGAUCUUUUACAUUUUUAAAAUAAAAGGUAUUUUAAAAUGCCACCUGUGUUUUGGAGCGUGCGCACCCCUCCAAUUUUAUUUUUCUGCUGUUUUAUUUUUAUUAUGCAUUUGUUUAUUUUUAAUUCUAAUUCUGAUUCUAAUUUUAUUAUUAAUUCCAUUGUGUUUGUACUCGGAGCAUGUAUAAAAUAAAAGUAAUCAUAAAAUACAGUUGGUUCCAUCCAAUGGUGCAAAGGCCAACCUGAAAGGGACUGCUGCAAGGAUGUGGCAUAAUUUUUUGUGCAAACCUCUGUUAAUUCCCAGUGGAACCUGCUCACUUAACUCCCAUUCCAGUUUAAACCUGUCUUGGUUUUUUAUGGUUUAGGAAACCUGCAACUGCAGCAGAUAUUCACAAAUAUUACUUUUUUUAUCUCAAAUCGCUUUUCCUUUCUGCAGUAUUUUAACUACUUGUACACAUACAAAAUGCCUGGGGACAUCAAGAACUGGGUGGAUGCUCACAUGAAUUGUGAGGACAUUGCCAUGAAUUUUCUAGUGGCCAAUGUUACUGGAAAAGCGGUUAUUAAGGUAAGCUUUGCUUCAGCUGUUUCUCUCAGACAUGGUAAUGUUUUGUUUUAUUCAUGCCAUUUUUUUUAAUCCCACCCUUCCUUCAAGGAACUCGAUGUACAGGUUACCCCUCACAACAGCCCUGUAUAGUAGAUUAGGUUUAGGCUGAGAGACAGAGUGACUGGCUCAGGGUUACCCAGUGAUCUUCAUGACAGAGUAGAGAUUUGAAUCUAGAUCUCCCAUAUGUUCCCAGCUAUUACUUUUGGACAAAUGUCACAUGGAUUUGAGGAGUUUGAGCCAUUUUGGUUGCGUAAGGAGGUGUUGAUCCCAUUAGCUGUGAUCAUUCUGACCAGACAAAUGUUGUGUUGGGUGGGGGUGGGGGUGUGGAGGGGAGAGCAAGUUAAACAUUUUUUGUUCAAAUCACUGAGCAAAAUUAAAAGGAGGAAAACAUGCCCAACCCGAUCCAUCCCUGUCUAUCUUAACUGGCAACAGCUGAUUUAUAGGAAUGCUAAUUGCAGGAAUGUUAAUUGCAAGAUCAGUUUUUAAAUGAACUUUUAUCCCUGAAUUAAUUUCCUGACAUGUUUCAACACAUUUCCUUGGCCUGGAUGUUCACUUUGUCUGCUCAUUUCAAAGUGUGUCAACUCGGAAUGAGAUUUAGAGGCCUCCAGGCAUUACUUCAAUUAGCAAGGUCUGCUUUCCUGCCUGUCCAUCAUCAUUUAUCCAGACCGGUGGCUGUGUUUCCUAGAAAAGCCUUAGAAGAUAAAGUGUGUGUGUGUUUGCUGUGAGAGUUUCUGAACUGUGCAAGGGCACUGCAGAGUCAUUUGGCACCUCGGUGCAGUUGGGAGAGCCUCGCAGAGUUUGCCAGUCAGCUAUUAAGUGAGCAAAGUGUGUCUGUUGGAUUAAGGUUACGGUGAAGUAUGGGAAGCUAUAUUUCAUCGCUCUUAUGGCUGCAAGAACAAAUGGUGUUUAUACAGGGACCUUGGCAGUGAGAAAACAGUCAUUAAACAGGAAUUAAGGAGCUUGUCAUCGCCACUACUUUCCACUUACAGAAGGCAAAACCCCUCCAAGCAUUUUUUAUUGGGUCACUGUGAGUUUUGCAGUCAGCUGGGCCAGAUGGAACUAAGUGGCAUAGGUUCUCCCCCCCCCCCCCUUCGAGGGUUUGACUUACAGUACAAAUAUGUUCAAGGGCACUGUGCUGCAUUUCUGAACGCGGGGGUUAAUGUUUGUGCUGUGACAAUGUUGUGUUGACUUUGCACAGGUGACCCCAAGAAAGAAAUUUAAAUGUCCAGAAUGCACAGCUAUUGAUGGGUUAUCACUAGACCAAACACACAUGGUGGAAAGGUGAGUGUCCCAUCCUGUUCCCUUUGCCAUUCCCAGUGCUUAAUCCAUAAGAGUCUUUGAAGUUAGGACCAAAUCAUUCACUGCUUUUAUUUACAAAAACAUGGUUACACAGAUCUAAUUUGCAAAGGCAGUUUUAGCAUGAGACAACUUGCCCGUUACUUAUGCUGAGAAGCUAGCCGAUUGCAUCCUGAGCCCAGCAGGUCUAUUGGGUUUGAAUAUGUACUAUACACACAUAGGAGCACAGGCAUCCUUGUGCUUAAUAAGACGGCAUGUCAAGCAAUAAUAGAAUUGUUUCAAGUAAAUUAAAACGAUAAACUUAUUAGAAUGAUAGAAAACCAAAAAUAAAAUUAUACAAAAAGAGAAUGAUCUGAGCUCAAGGCUUUGGAGGUGAAGCCUGCAUUCAUAUUUUAGCAUGAAAGCAGAUAGAAAUAAAACACGGUCCCCUUUUGCCUAUCUCCUUUCAUACUUCCUUAAUGACUCCAUUAAAAAGCAUAUUUUGCUACCUUUUGAAAUAGGGUUUAGUGGUACUGAACUGAUUUCAACAGGCCUUAACUGUCAAGUCUAUGUUGCCAUGAGAGAGGGAAAGUAUGGCAUAUUAAGAAUAAUCUGAAAUGCAUACCUCUAAAUGAGAGUAACUGAGAGAAACAGUAUUAUAGUACAAACAAAUUACCUAUUGUGUUAUAUUUCAGAAUCUUGAGCUCUGUAAUUCUGGAUAGAAGGGCACCAAAUCAGAAGAGAAAUAGCUAUUUGAAGCACACUUACCAGACAUCUACACACUCCUUCCUUUAUAAUGCUUUGCAACUAUAACAAUAGGGAUAUUUUGUAUUCACUUUGUGCUCUUUCCAUCACAAUGUUUCACUGAGAAGUUAAGAGAUCACUGGUGAAAUGGACACUGUCACAGGCUUUGUGAAGGACUGAUUUAUGAGAAGAGAUUAAGACAAAUAUAUAUAGCCUCGAUAAGAAAUUACUAAAUAGGUAUAAGUCUUCAAGUAUUUAAGAAUGUAAACACCAAGCAUGGUGAUAAGUUAUUUUGGGUGGCACAAGGAUAUAUAAUAUGAAAAAAGGGGAUUAAAUUCAGGAAAAGCCAUCAGGAAGUACUACUUAAUCAUGACAUCUUAUGCUAUAGAUUAGAAUAGUUUCCAAUUGGAGGGGGUGGAUUCCUUAGGAACUUAAAAUGUGAAAUGAACCUUAUCCUUUUCCUCCUGUGUGGGCCCUCUGACACUCUCAUCAUGAGUCUUGUCAAUGAACAAACUAGGCUGUCACCUAUGUAGCACUAUGUUCCACAUUUUAAUCAGCCCCUAAACUGUGUUAAUUUUGAGAGGAACCUUUCCUUCCAAGCAGUCUUAAGACAGGACUGCACUAACUUUAGAGGAUUCAGAGGCAAGAUCUAGUUGCACAGUAUUCUUCAUUUUCAAUUUAAUAUCAUAGCGUUGAAUCCUCUUGUCCAUGGCUUAGAUCUUAUUUUGUGUUCUACCUCCCGUGUUGGAGGCAACAUUGCCUCUACAUACUGGUUGCUGAGAAUCGCAGGUUGGUUGGUUGGUUGGGUGAGUGCUGUUGUGCUCAGCUUCUGCACAUAGGCUUCCCAUGGGCAUCUGCUUUUCUACUGUGAGAACAGACUGCUGGAUUGGGUAGGUUUGGCCUGACCCAGCAAGCUCUUCUUACAUUAUCAUAUCUGGCUUCUCAGAUUUUCAGGCUUAGGUAUGGUUCUACUGCUGUAGACUUAAAUUCCUCAUCUGCACCACUUCCACAGCAUAUCUGAAUGAGAUAAUAGUUAUGAGAAUCAUCCAAUGUGGGUGUUGGGUGCGUGAAUGGGCCUGUGGUACUAGUCAUGUUUCUCCCAUCAUUUUGGGCUGAUGCAUUUGAUCCGGAUGUGCUGUUCACGCCUUUAAAGGUAGAAAUCACAUUUGGCUUUAAUGUCCAUUGUGUUUACGGGAUAUCAUUUAAUUUUCAUUUCUGUCAAUAGCUUUUAUCAUGCAGAUCCCCUCCCUCAAAUAUCAAGUUGACAUUAAUUUCAUACAGGAUAUUGAAAGAGCUGCUGUACUGACAUUAUUCUUAUUUAUUCUUAUAAAUAAAUCUCAAAGGAGUACAGGGUGGUGCACUUCAUACAUAUUUGUGUGUUCAUUUUGCAGGUAUCGAACUGAAUGUACUGCACACAAAAUUAGUAUCCUAGCACCUAUGUUUUUGUCUGUUUUGGAAAUCCAAGUUUCCAAUCCUAAUGCUUACUGAGAAAAACUUUCAGAUUUAUAGGCAUUGUUGAUUUCAAGCUAGUGAAAAGUUUUAAAAGUUUCUAGUGGCCUUAUGGAAGGGACACUAAUACCCCACAAUGGACAUCAUCCUCCAUGGCAAUUUUUUCUUGCUUCCCUCAGCUUACUGACCACUUAAUCAUAAUUGCCAUGCCCUUACUUCCCUUGUUACUUUACCAUCCUAUUCCUUACUUAAGACUUUCCCCAUCAUAAAACUGUUUCCCACUAUUUGGCAUUGAAUGAGUUUUUGCACCCUUUGUAUUAGCAUGCUCACUGGAACUUAGUAUGUUAAACAUCCAGCACAGUUUACCAGGGUACCUUGUAGACAUCAGAGUUCUAACAGUUAUAUUCUUUCAGAUAAAUUUGUUCUGUUACUUACUGCUAACCCCAUGGGGAGAUGGGGUAAAAUCCAAUAUUAUUAAAUAUGGAUACUUUAUUUCACUCAGUUGGACAAUGAAAAUAAACCAGUCAGUUUCAGGUUUGGGUUUUAAAGUAAUGUUGUAUUUCAAGCUCUCAAGUACAAUCAGUGCUGUACAGACCCUAAAGAGAAUGCUUGUUUGUUUUUAGGGGAAACCCUGUUUCCAGGGAAUUUUUAAAAUAAAAUAAAAAAAUCCAAGAACUAUUUCAGAAUGCCUUUUGGUUUCUUAACUGCUUAUUUUUGCAAGGCCUGUUCUGAGCCAAAUUCAACCUGACAGUGGCUCUUUAAGAGCUAUGUUGGCAGCUAAUCCACCCUAGUUUACAACAUGUACAUUGCUUUAAGAAUGCCUGGAAUUCUGGUGGGGAGGGAAUAGGGAAUCUUUGACCUCUGUGGAAAUGUGCAGCUGACAGCAUCUCCUUUCUCUUCGCUACGAUUAAAUGCUUCAGUCAAAGAGCUUCACAUCUUUGCCAAAUCCUAUAUGGUAUGAGGCUCCGCCUCCUGUUUUGUGCAUCUGACCAAGUAGGAAAAUGCAUGCAAUAGUUUGCUAGGUUUAAGGUGCCAAUGGCCCCUUUACUGUACUUCCUGUCAGGAGCUCGUCCUACACCCAAGUAGGACCCUGGCAGAGACACAUGCCCAACUGGCAUGUUCUCUCCCUCCUGGUCGAUCGUUCGGGAGCUUCAAAAGCUUUUUUCAGCCCGAACAUCACAGCGACCGAUGCCAACAGAUAUCGGCACACUUAGGGAUCCACAGAGUGUUCGCAGUUUAUGUAACAGACCUCAGCAACUCAGCAUUUUGGCUAGUCUACUUUAUUUACAUAUAAGCACACACAGAGCACUGCAGCAUGGCUCCCUCUCUCUCUAACAUCAGACAGCAAAGAGAAAAGGGACAAAGGACAAUAGUCCCACUUCACAGAACACAGUAACACAAACAUCCUGUCUCUGUCACUUCCCACUCUGUGGAGUCAAAACAUACACCGCCAUGUGAUAGGCAAAAUCCCAUGACUGCAAUCAUGGAGCAGGAAUUCUAACACUUCCUACAACUUACACAGUGACUCCUCCGAACCCACUUGUGUGCUCACCACCCCACAUGUAUUUGAUGUACAGCUCUGGGAAGACUAGGAUCUUCAGACAGCAAGAUUACAGAUGCACACCUUAAUUAUGAGAGUAAAGGAGAGUCCCUAACUACCCAAGCCUGAAGACUGAGUGUAAUAAUUUGCUACAGGAGAAAAAAGAAGGGAGGGAGUAUACCUGAUCUAGGAGCAAGUGGUGUGCAAAGUCAGGAAUAGCGGGCUGUGUCUUCUGUGUUAAGCUGUCUCCUUAGAAUCCUGUGCCAGCAAAGUUACAAUAUUUCUUGCCCAUUCUUUGGUUUGUGGUCUAGGGAAGCAGAAAGCUUUAUCCAUAAGAUCGCAGAGCCAAUAGGGGGUUCUGUUGGAGGUGUGAGCUACCAAAGCACUUAAAAUCUGAGGUGUAAAUACAGUGUUGAGCUAAUUCACCUCAGUGGAUAGGAGAGGGGGCUUUCUGGAUGAGGGAAUACUAUAAGACCUGUAUUCCUUUGAAUCAUUUGAGGGUUGUUGGGUUUUUCUUUGCAAAUUCCUGUACUUUAAAAGCAUCCUGCCUACUUCUAAAAGGCUAAAUAUAGUUAAAGGGCAAAGGCCAAGUUAUAGAGGAAAGUUUUUGCCUGGUGCCUGAAGAUAAUACAAUGAUGGUGUUAGGUGACGCUCCUUGGGGAGAGCAUUCCACAAAUGAGGAGCCACCACAGAAAAGGCCUGUUCUCGUGUUGCUACUUUCCUGACCUAAGAUGAUGAGCUCGGGGGUUCAGGCUGGUUCAAAUGAGGAGAGGCGGUCUGCAAUAUAUUGUUGUCCUGGAUUGUUUAGGGCUUUAUUGCUCACGAGCAGCAUUUUGAAAUGGACCUAGAUUGGCAGCCAGUCCUGUCGGGGCCAGGAUUGGUUUUAUAUGCUUAAACUGUCUUGCCGAAAUUCUGCACUAACUGAAGUUUCCUAAUCGUCUUCAGAGGCAGCUCCACAUAUAACGCUUUGCAGUAAUCCAACCUAGAGGCUACUAGAGAAUCAGCAACAGUGGUUAGGCUAUCCCUGCCCAGAUAGAGGCACAGCUGAGCAUCCAGAUGAAACUGAUGGAAGGCACUCUGUGUCACCAAGGCCAUCUGAGCCUCAAUCAACAGCAAAGGAUGAAGAAGUACCCCCAAGCUACGUAUCCACUCUCAAAAAAGAGCAAAUGAUGUAAAAAAUCCACAUUGGCACCCAGUGUUAACAGUAUAUAGUGUUUUAAGAGAAGAUUAAGUUAUAGUAAGCUAGAUAGUAAGUGCAUAGCUAAACUUAGCAUAUUAUAGUGAAACGGAUCUGUUGCUAAGCAAUGCAAUUGUUUCUUUCCCUAGGUCUGAAUGCAUUAACAAGUUUGCCUCCGUCUUUGGGACCAUGCCUCUGAAAGUGGUGGAACACAGGGCGGAUCCUGUCUUGUACAAAGAUGACUUCCCUGAAAAACUGAAAAGUUUUCCUAACAUUGGAAGCUUGUAA